CGGUGUCUUAUUUGUAUAACAGGAUCUUGAUGAGUGACUUUAAUUUUGCAGUUGGACGCUGAGCGGAAAAUCCAUUGUAAGUACAUUUAUCGUAAUAUUAUAUAAUUGUAUAUUAAAUUCAAUAUUAUCUUGAUACCUUAUAUACCUGCGAUAAAAUGGUAAAAUGAUAAUUUUGAAUUAAUUGUACAGGCUGCCCCACAAAGAUAUACACCUUGAAUAUCUCCGGAAAUAAUAAAGACAACCAAAUGCUCACUAUUUUUUAUUAAAAAAAAUGAAUGCAAAUAUGAAAACUUGUAGUCUUCUUCCCCGCGAGUAAUAUAAAAUAAAACAGAAUUUGGUUAUCUUUAUUAACUCCGGAGAUAUUUAAUCGUUAUAUCGUCGUAGGACAGCCUGUAUUUUCAAAAACCAGUUAGUUAGUAUAACUCUUUAGUUAUAAUAACUCUUAACUAUUUUCGUUAAGUAUUAGGUCAAUGUUUUUUUUUUUUUUUUUUUAAAUCUUCCCAUUCAUAUUAUAUGUUUUCGUACAAACCGAAAGAAGUUCAUUUAUAUGUUCAAGUACUAAAUAUAAAUAUUUGACGAUAAUAAUAGUUGUUAUUAUUACUUUUUUUUUGAAUAGCUACAAGAGUUACUAUUGAUAAAAGUUGUAGACAGCAAAUAUGUAGUUAACUUUAUUUUUUAUAUUAUUAACAUUAAUACUUGUAUUCGUAUACUUUUAUUGGUUGUUUAUUUCGAAAAAAGAUAAGUUUUAUUAUAUAAGAUUUAUUUUAUUAUAAUUCGUUAUAGAUUUAGUCAUCGCAACUUUUUAGUGUAAUGUCUUAUAUAACUAUAAUACCUAUUACUAUCAAUUAUAUUGUGUGUUUAUAGAUAGACACCCGUGGUAUUAUAUUAUUUUAUUGAUGAUGAAUUAAAAUGUUUUGUUAAAUAUAACAUGAGAUAAGAUAUAAUACAAGAUUCGUGUUCAAUAGUCACGUAAGAAAAAAACAAAAAUUACAAGUUUUACAACUUACCUGUACCUAUCUCACAAUACAACGCUACAGAAAAACAGCUUGAUGACGUUGUUUCGUUUUACCUAGUAAUAAAAUAUUAUCAUUUAGAUAAAUACUUGAAGUGAUUUUAAAUCUCAAGUGAAACGAUUUAUACAGACUUCUAUCAUCAGUAGCAUCUUUAUUGUGGUUGUAAAUUAUAAUAAAUUAAAUGCUUCUUAAAACAAUAGGUAUCAUAAAACCAUUUGGACACGCGAUUAAUAUAGGAAAAUCUGUACUUUGUAUAGGUUAUUAAUCGUUCCGUCGUCGAUCAUUGAUCUAAUUAUACUUAACCUAUAACUAAUUUUUACCAUAAUUUUUAAUGAAUCUCGUUAACAUAAUAAUAUGGGUAUGUGUACUUGGGCAUCCGAUGAAAUUUUUUGGGUGCGUAAAAUAGGACGUAAAACAAUUAUUGCUAUAUUAUAUUCACGAAAUUAUCAUACUAUACUAACCAUGUUGAUUAGAAAUUUGAAAAUUAACCGAAGUAUCAAGUUAAAAUUAACUGUAUAUACUGAAUUUAUUAUAAAAUAAUAUUAAAAUAAAUAAUAUACAAUAUUCGUAUUAAUUGAUUUUUGUUCGUGUAAAUUGCAUGUACACAUUUUAUUUAAUGCGAAUAAAGUUCUACGUUAAGCAUAUACAGCGUUGAAUUUAUGUUUCAUAUACAUUUUGUAAACCAUCGAAAAUAAUAUAGGUACACAAAACCUAUUAAUUAAAAUUCAUUCAUAAACAUGUAUGUAGAUAGGUUGUAUAGUAACUGUAUGUGUUACAGUAAAUUCAAGUACGAAAUUAAUAAUAAUUAAUGAAUAUUGCAUUGGGUACAUGUAAAAUCGUAUCAUAAAAUCGAUUUUCAUUCUCUGUAUGACGGUAUAAAACGUUUACAAUCUGUUUGUUUUUUUUUAAAAAUACGUGAUACGUUAUACAAAGGUAACUUCGUAAUAUAAUGUUCGUUGCGCUGGUAUAUUGAUAAAAUGGUUGAAAGUGUUUAUUUAAUGUUUUGUUUAGUUGACUAUUAUUAUUGUAACUAGCUAUCACGCACCAAAAGAAAUAUACAAUCCAACAAUCAAAAUUAUUUACCAGUUUCUAUGGUAACUACUGUUCGUUGUGCGUGUAUCCUCGUAACAAUUGUUACGGCCCUUGUACCGACUGCCUUGUUAUUUAUUUGUUGGAUUUAAUUUUUUUUUUUUCAUUUCAUCUGUAUCGCCAAGAUAUAGAAUAAAACAACAAAAAUAUUUCGAUUUUCGUACCAAAAAUACCAAAGUGACCCUGUAUCAGCCACACUUAAAGGGGUUCAAUUAGGCGAGGGGGUGGAAAGUAAUGGUUUAUAUAUGUCAUUUUUGGUCUAGAACUUAAUCUAUACAAAGUUUCAGCUCAAUCCCUUCAGUAGUUUUGAGCUCGAAGACUAAAGGGGUAACACACAUCCGUCCAUACAAACUUUCGUAUUUAUAACAUGAAUAGGAUUAAUAAAACAGUAUAAUAUUCUAUAAUAAACCUGAAGCUUCAUUUACAAACAUAUAAUAUCAGGUUCAAUGGAUUUCGUAAUUAAAAAUUUAAUAUUCAAUUAACUUGUCAUUAUUAUUAGAUGUAUUUAACGAGUACAGAACUUAAUUAAAAACACUGUAAAUAGGUAUUAUUAUAAUGUCGUGUUGCCUAUAGUUGCCUUUAAAUUAAAUUAUUAAAAUAGGUGGAAUUUUAACCGUGUAUAAACUCAGCUGAAAUUUCAACUCACCAAUUAUGAUUAUUAUUGAAAUGUAUUCGAAUUAGUUAUUUAUUUUUGAACAUUUUCCUAUGAACCGUUCGUAAUGUAAAAGGUUCGAAAAAGGUUAAACCCUAUUUUAAAUUUAUUUCACAAUAAAUUCUACAAACCCCGUUUAUAGUUAUUAAAUUAUAUAGAACAGUUUUGCAUAACUCGAGAAAUUUACAUUUUAUUUUUGGCACGCGUUCAAAUGUAUCUAACAUUUUCCAUUUUUUUUUUUUAUUCAAAUCGUUAUAUACUACAGGGACCUAUUAUCGGUUGUUUAUUAUAUUACAAUAUCGCGUAUUAAACACGCGUAUGUUACAUAAGUUUUAGUUAGAAUUUGAUUAUGUUAUACCUACGGACAAAAGUUGUCGGGUACCUACUGCAGUUUGAUUGAUUAAAAUAAUAUGGCAAACGUUACAAAGAGCGCGCCCAAUCUCGUGUAGAUAUAUUAUAGUAUUCCGCGCGCACGUCGAAUUAUAUAUAUAUAAAAAAAAAAAAAAAAAGUCUGUCCGUCCGAUCGCAUACGGACACAACUUAUCGUAUUUUCUAUAAUUUUCGUAAUAUAUAAAUUAAUAUGAACAUUUUUUUUUUUUUUACUGUUGUAGUUUUCACGGAACGGAAUUUAUCGUAUUCAAUAUACGCGUUCGGUGUGCAAUGUGCAUUGUGCACGGCAUCAAUUAUUGACAUGAUGCGGUAUACCCGUCCAACGAUUCGUAUCCGUGUACGAAUUCGUUUGGUGGACGCAUUAAAAACGUUUAAACCCGAUAGUAACAGUAAAGACUAAAAAUCGCACGGUUCGAUUCGCGUUGCCUAUUACAUUUCGCGAUGUUGUCGAUGCUCCGGCGCAUACGGCAGAAAGUAUAACGAUUGGGGAGGGGGGGGGGAGAGUAAUCCCCGUAUAACCGAAUUUCUAAAACCGCUACAACGGUUUAUCAAUAUUAUUGCGUAAUAACAAUGCGAAUAAACAUUAAUGUACGUACCCGCUCGUUUAAGAACCUACGGUUACGAUUGUUUGUAAACUUUUACGUUUUUGAAAUUUAUGUAUAUAUAUUUGUAAACAAGAAAUUGCAUUAUAACUUAUUGUACGUGUUUGUUUACCGGUUUUACGGAUUUCGCGUGUAACGUCGAAGGAAACUAUAGUGUGUUAUAAGAUGUUACGUUAUUAUCGUUUUAUGAAAAGGAACCGAGAAUGUUUUAUCAGUAAAACUACGUUUUCGACGUUUGGCUCAUCGGAGUGAUACUCGGUUUAAAAACGCGUCGACAUUAUACGAAAUCGAUACAAUAAAAAUUAUUAUUCGCGAUACGACGCGGCGUACGCAUACGCAAUAACGAACACUCCGUAUAAAAUUAAUAAUUUUUAGUUUAGUUUUCAAAAUAAUCCAUACAAUUCUCUUACUGUUCGGAAACACAACGCAAUGACAAUGUUGUAAUGGACCGUGAUUAUCGGCGUAAACAUCGUCGGUAUUUUGUGGGUAUAACUUCCCCUCCGAGCGACUUUUUAUUUUACACGCGCGCGCGCGCACACACACACACACACAAAAUAGUUUUUUGUUUUACUCGUUAAUUUUAGAAAACAUAAAUACCCCUCCAAUGACAAAUCUCGGCCGUAUAUCACUGAUCGCGCAUUGUGUAAACAUCGUGAUAAUACGCUCACUUAUUUGUUAAUAACUUCAUAAAAAAUAAAAUACUUAACGGUGUUUAUAAUAUAAUAUAAUAAACGUCUACAGCAUCGGCCGGGAUCCGUGUGAUUUUGUAUUCCGAUAUUUUACUACCUUAUUCCUAUGCACGUUAUUGCGUGAACAGUCUGUUAGAGAAUAAUAAUAAUAUAAACAUGGGAGUAAUAAAUAUUAUCACGGCGUGAAACUUUAAAUGAAUAUUUCGUGUUUACAAACGAUCUCCGGUGGUAAUAACUAGUUUUGCAUAACGUCGCAUGUGUGUAUAAUAGUUGUGUAUAUUUCUACAACGCUGCACACUCCAAAUACGGAAUGUCCAACGGCAUAUUAUUAUAAUUUUUUUUUUUUCGUCUUUAUUUGCAGUGCGAUUUACGCAUUUGAAAAUACGAAUAUUUAUGUAUUGGUAAAUCUCCAACGAGCUGCAGUCUGUGGACGUGAAACGAUACUUUUGCCCCCUCCCCCCCCUCCCCUCCUCGGUACGAUCGACGCGGGACGGAACUGCGCCCUCACGUCCCUCCAGAAUAAUUCUAUCGCCGCUACUCGGGUAUCGUACUCGCUGUUCGACAAAUUUGACAAUGCUAAAGCAAUGGACAUUUUGAGUACCUAUAUUCGAUAUAAAAAAAAAAAAAAAUUAACUAGGGCUACCGGUGAAAAUCGUUUUUAGAACGCUUUCGGGUUAUUAUAGGUUAUAUAUUUAAUCUGUCCCUUUGCCGUAUCUUUAAGUAGUUAUAUUAUUUUCAUUUGCGAAAAUAUCCAAUAUUUGUAAACAAUUUAUCGCAAACUUUAUUCUAUCGUGCAUUUUUAGUAUUAUUAUUAUUAUUUUAGACAUUUUUCAUUUUUUUAUAGGACCGAACCUUACCAUAAUGCAUAUAUUAUACUUUUACGGACUUUUGAAACUUUUCCCUCUUCUUUAGCAACUCUUGAAUAAUAUAUCGAUUAGAAAAAAUGAAAAAUAAGAACAAAAUCAAGUCUGUCUGUAAUAUUAUAAUACACGCCUGCAGAAGUAUUAAAUUGAAUUAUUGUUUUAAUUUAACAGACAAAUUUUAGACGCAUAAAGGUAUCGUAAUAAAUGUUAUAAUUAACUGUAUUCAACAAAAAUCCAUUUUUGUUUUAUUUUUUAUCAAAGGGGUGAAUCAUUAUUUAUUAACCUAAUAUACUCAUCGGAUUUAUAUAUUAUUUUUUUUUUAAAUUAAAAACGUAUUAUGAAUUAUGAUUAUUUAAAUUUUAUAUCAUACAAAAACGACGUCGAUACGAGACAUGCAACGCCGUGGGCCCACCACCCAUUUUGCAUACUCUUACCGGCUUACCCUCCCCAAUCGCCAUAACUAUAACGAACUGCGUCAUUGCACCCACUCGAAUAAAAUAUAGCCUAAUAAUUAUUAUUAUAUCUUAUUACGUAGGUAUACGUACUGUUGAAUAGGCAGUCGUGACAAUGAAUUCGAUAUAUUAUAGUUUAUUCAAAUAUAAUAUUAUGCGUUUUAUUAUACUUACUGUAAGUCGAACGCUUUUUAAAUUUUCUUUUUUUUCUAAAAACAUCCUACGUGAACGUCACAUUAUAUUGCAGAUUUUUGUCGCGUUUUCCCCGAGAAAACGCGUAUUAUGAAAUGUAUAUUUUUUUAUUUUUAGUAGCAAUCAGUGGCGUGACCGAUGGGGGUGUUUUGCGUGGUCGGACAUCCUCCUCGAACCGUAUUCAUUGACAUUUAUAGACCGCUGGGGAAAAAAUAAACGGCUAUAUUUUGUAAUGUGAAAUGUUUGUUUAAACGAUUCCUGGGAAAAUGUUUAUAUUUAUUUCGAUUUGUAUUCAAACGUAGUUUUAUUUGCAAUAAUUACUAUAUAGUAUUCAAAUAAAAAACACCAUUUUAAAUGUAUUAAAAAAAUGUUCAAGUCUGUAUACAACGCAUAAUAAUUACGUCUUGGCAACAGAUAAUAUCGCAACAAUCAUUGUAUCUAUCAAUAUGCUAGACGCGCUUUUCAGUUUAUCUAUUGCCGGACACUGCAGCGACGUAUACCUGUCCAGAAGUAAGUUACAAGAGGGGGGGGGAUUAUUUGAUGGAAAACCUCUCGAAAUAAUUUCGGUUGUGGUUCGAAUGGGAAUUGAAUUAUAUUGCGUUAAAAUACCGCCAAUAGUCGAACAAAAUAAUAUAUUUGGUUUUUGGGGAAAAACAUGCACCUAUUGUUUGUAAAAUGUAGGUAAACGCGACGAGGAUAUUCAGCUACAUGAUAAUAUUUGUAUAUGUUUGUAUACAUUUUAAGUGAUAUCUAAAAAAAAUGGAAAAACAUCAUAAAACGUUUGUAAAAAAAAAAGAAAGAAAAAACCGCUUAUAAUAUUCACGAGGUAAAUGACAAUGAAAUGAUUUAGUAUUUCGCAAUAUUACACGCACUUUCACCGCAUGGAAGUCGUUUCAUCGAUUGGUAAUUUUAUAGUUAAUGCAACGUGGCAAUGUUGAAUUUCACGUCUGGACCGGACCAGCGAACGAGAGGCGGGUACGUUAAAUGGUUAUGAGAAAUUUCGCGGUUUUUAUCAAUGCGUCCGAGACCGCGAAUUGAAAAACGACCCGAAAACAUACAAAAAUAUAAAAAUGAAAAUCGCGCCGCUUUAAUCAAUGUGUGCGCGUGUCGCGGUGAUUAUGCGUAGCCAUGUUUUUAUAAGUUAUGCAAAAUACGUCGAAAUCCCAACCCCAAUCUAAUCGCGCGUUCUUAUCAUUAUAACGUAUCCGUUGUCGUUUAUAACGGAUAAUAUAUAAUCGCGUACGAGCCUACGUAAAACUGCGCGGGGAUAGUGUAUUUUCGUAAUGGUAUUUAUCGUAAACGUCGUGCGUAUUUCUCAAACAAUUUCACACGCACACGUUUAUAAAUAUAUUAAAAUUGAAAUUAAUUAUAUUGAAAUAUAUUUAGAAAAAAAAAAAAAAAACUUCCGCGGUAUACGAACGUACGUCCAUACGUUUUAUUUUGCGUUUCUAUUGCUCAUUACGGUUGUACGCGCACGCGUUAUACGAUACGAAAAAAAGGAACGUUAUUUAGACAGAAGGUUUUGUCGCGGUUAAAAAUUCACCUAAUAUCGCAAUGUUCGCCGUGAUGAAAACGGCCCGCGGCUCCGCUCGAGUCUAAUCAAAGGCGGCGGUACACCGCCGAACAAUAUAAUUUAAAUUGAGCGUAGGUAUUUCGAGUUGAGGCUAAUAAACGGAAUUGGCGUUGAAAUUAACUCGGCGCAACGAUAACAAUGCUGUAACGUUUAACGGUUGCGCAGCAAGUAAUAUUUUCAGACGGCUUUUAACGAAUCGGAUAUACAUUUCGGCGUUUUUUUUUUUUUUUUACAGGUUUAAUACGGGUUGCGCGCAAUCGAUUUCCGUUCACACACGGUUGUUCUCGCGAAUAAUUUGUUUCCGUAAAUAAAUAGAAAAAUCGCAAAUUAAAAUAAUUAUUUUCGCGGUACGAAAUGGUUCGUUCGACUUUUGGACGAAUCAAAUAUCGGUCGCGGUUCACGAAUAUCGUCGUACAUUCAUAGCCAGUGUGGCACCACGACACUGCACGUGACGAGAACGUUAUCGGCUAUCUGUGCCCGUAAUCACGGAACACGACAAGACCGUGGUUGUGUUUGUCUACGGAUAUUCAACGGGCCGUGUAAAAUAACCGUUAAUAACGAUAUUGUCCGUUUCAUUCGGGCGCAUACGAGCUUCGGACACAAAUGAGUAAAUUUGCGUUAUUACCAACCGACGAGCCCGGAAAAUACCCCUCCUUUCCUCCACUCCCCUCCAUGCGCAAUAUCUGUUUCGCCGGUUGUGCCGUUUAAUAUUCGUAGACGAAAUUUACAUUUAAAAUACCCGUGCCGACCGUUAUCGCUUUGCUUAGGACGUGUUUUUACGUUGUCAUUAUUAAAAGAUGCGGAAUUUUCGCCCCUAUAAUCCGAAACAUUUUUCUAGAUUCCCAAUAUUUUUUCUGACCUCUUUUUUUUAAACACUUGAAAAAAAAAACAAAAACAAAUGAGACGAUAAAUCGGUUUUAUUUCAAUUGUUGAUUUCUGCGUGUUAUUUUAACGGCUACAAGAGGAAAAAAACUCGACUGACGCGUAACCACAAUCUUACCGGUUUACCGUGCUUCGCUCAGAAUCGUUUUUUUUUUUUUUUUAUCGAAACGGUUUGUCGUCGAUUUCAAUUUGCGAGCUAAAUUACCUACCCUCUUCGCCUACCAACGUUCCCGACUACCCGCCGCCUGCAACAGUGGUGCGACGUACGUCCGUUUUUUAAAAUUUUUUAUUGAACGCAUAAUAUUAUUACACGCGUGUUGUUUAUUAGACGCGUAGGUAUCGUUUACUUCGUUAUUUGUUUAUUUGUUUGAACCGAAUAACUACGGGCAUAGAAUAUGGACGAUACGCGUAUUAUGUAAAUGAGCAUAUUAUUAUAUACAGACAUUUGGAUAAUUUAUGACUUAUUUAUAAUGAUUAUAAACAUUACACAAAGCGUUUGAAAUUAUUUAUGUAAACAAUAUGUAAUAUUCAAAUUAAGUAUACAGAGUCUCAUAUUUAUGUAGUAGCUACUUAUACCGUGGCGCGUGUUCGACGCGUUACACACUCGUGCGAACCCGAAAUCCAUUUUUUCAACACACGCGCAAUAAUGAUAUGCCGUUGGUGUUUUUAUUUUUUAUUUUUUAAAGGUACAGAAAUCAAGAAAACGGACGAAUAACAUCACAGCUGCAGGAACAACGGUUAUUAGAUAUUUUAUAGCACGUUAAACAUUUUAGUACAAUAUAGUUCGUUCGAUUAGUUGUUUCUGUACAAGUAAAAAUGCUCAGUCUAGGUACAAAAGGGGUUUUUUUUAUUAUAUUCAUAAUGGAUAUAAUCGUUAGGCUUUUAUCGCUUCACCGUGUACAUUAUUAUUAUUAUACUUACUUAUCAAACGUUUAUCAAAUGCAUAUACGCAAACGUGCAAUUAUAAAUGCAUCAAGUGUUAUAGUUUUGCAUAACUCUCCUAUAUUGAAACGAACUACAUAUUUGUUAAAACUUAUAGACCUUGAGGUUCGUAUGUGAACGAAAAUAAUGCAUAAGGUAUAAUAUUAUGAUUCAUAAUUAUUGUAUCUGUUAACAUAGUCGCCCGGAGAAUUUCGCCUAGGGGACCAAGUUUGUUGACCUUUUUUCAUGCAGUUUGUAAGGCAUUUCCGAAAAGCCCGAUGGGGCGAAUGUCAUCACCCCGCCGGUCGGUGCUUGUUAAUAAUAUUCCACAAUGCUUACAAUGAAAUGUUUACGAUAUUUUGUUCGAAAUUCCAUUAUUAGCGCGGCUAAACAAGCAUGCUGAAUUUCAUGUUAACAAUGCCGUUUUAUUAAUCGGCCGAGUUAAGUAAAUAACGCAACAAAAGGUUAAACUACGUUAACAGUUUAAAUGAACUUAAAUUUUAACUUUUUCAGCCGUUAACGUCUAGCAAACGCACAGUGGUUCUACAACAAAUUAACAAACGUGUUUUCGAAAAUUAUUUCCACAACGAAUGUACAACAUUCGUUCGUUUUUAUAACUUGUAUACGUUUGCUAUAGCUGCCCCGCCCGACUUGGCCCACGCCAAAGAAAUAUAAUCCAACAUUGAGCUAAGUACCCAGUUUCUAUGGUAACUGCUGUUCGUAGUGCAUACACUCCCAACAACUAUAUAUAUUUCGCGGACCACUUUAUUGUUUUGUUUGUUGUAACUUUUUAGAUUCAGAGCGUAGCGAAGUAUCUAUUGGUUUCACUAAAAUCUGUUUUGAGCGAAAAUGGCGCUUUUAUUAUUUUCAAUUUUAUUUUAUUGUUGUGAUUCAGUUAAAGAACGUCCGUAGAGAUUCCGCCAGAAAACUUAAUAUUUACCUUUCAUUAAACCUUUUGGCCAUUUUCGAGUUAUUUGUAGACAUUUUGAUUUUGCGGGGUUUUACGUAAUGCUUAUGUAGUAGGUACUUUGUGGAUACAAUUGUUGACUAAACAGAAAUUCUUGAAAACGGAGGUUCAUUAUCAUUGGGUUUUUAAAGUCAAAUUCUGAAGAAAAUCGUAAAAAUCUAAUCGUUUUUCGUUAGCAAUGGUUCAUCGUUGGUUACAGGUAUAAAUUAAAUAACUUUAUACAUAUCCCACCUUCCCAAUUACCCACGUUUAACAGUGGCCGCAUUCGUCCCCAGUAUCAGCUUUUUUUAAAAUUUCAUCUGCACCACCAAGGUAACUCAUAAAUUAACAUAUAUAUACGAUUUUUCAAACCGAAAAAUACAAAUUAACCCGCGUCUUUCCCUUUGAGAGUUGAAUUCGGAGGACAGUGUAGCCUAUGUGUUAUUUCCAGUCAAGAACUGUGCAUGUGCGUACUUUCUAGUGACGGGCUACGAUAUCGAUAUCGUGGCAAGUAUAUCGAUAUCGAUUAAUGAUUUCCCGAUAUAUCACGAUAUCGACAAUUUUUUUAUAAUUAUAUUGUUUUUCAAGAAUCAUAUUUUAUUUGCAGGUUCUAAGCUAUAGUAAAUAGUAUUUAGUGCAUUUACUAUUUUAUUUAUUUAAUCGAUUGGAUCUUAUUAGCAAUAAACUAGCUAAAGUAUAUUUUGAAUAAAUAAUUGUUAAUAAGUAUGUUGAAAUAUGUACGAUAUUAGUGAACCAAUAAUAUCUAGAUAUUAAAAUAUAGCAUUAAUAAAGUAAACGAAUUAAAUUCCUUAAUGUGAUGUAAAUUGGACAAAUGAAUACGGAAAAAAAAGUUUUUUAAGUAAAAAAAAUAAUCGAUUUUUCCGUUUUCGGUGUUCGAUAAUUUUCGUUACGAUAUCGAUAUCGCGAUACGAUAACGGUAAAUUUUGAAUGAUAUCAAUAUUUGAAAUUAUACCGUUGCCCGUCAUCACUAGUACUUUCUCAUUGUUAAUAUUAUAUGGGAUAAGUAAGAUAAAAUUAACGCGUAGAUUAUUUUUUACGACUUAAAUGUCAUUCAGGUGUUAUGGGCUGGAGGUGUUGUACAAGGACAUGUAAAUUAUAGGAUUUAAGGCGCGCUAAAUGGCCGAAGAGGAUUGGGAUAAAAUAAAAAAAAAAUAAUAAAUAAAUCAAUGUUUAAACGUUUUCGGUUUUUGUUAUUGUCGCCGAGACGUAAAUGAUUAUGUAGAGGGCGUAGCAGGUACAACUAGAAUCGAUGCGUAUCAAUCGAUUAUACGGCCCAAUGUUUUCGCGAUUAUGUUUUAUUGCCGACACUUGUCCGGGAAUCGCGCCGUGAUGACCGCGGAAGUCAUUGCCGGGACGAAGUGUCCCGGUUAUAAUGAUAUUACACGUGCCUAAAUCGUAAUAUUGAAUAACGGCGGGAACAAGCGCGCGGGUCCGCCGACGAUAACGCGACGGCGCGCCGUUACGACAAUAAUAUAAUUGUAUAAUGUUAAUAAAAUGCGAUAUAUCGAUCGUGCGCAUUACAGAUGUGAUAUGGGCAGACGCAGACCGGACUGGUGGUCGGAACAGCAGCAGCAGCAGCAGCAGCAGCAACAGCAGGAGCAACGCCGUCAAGAACAGCACCGGCAACUGCAGGACUUGUCGGACGACGGGUGCCCGAGGAACGCGGCCAACGCCCGCGAACGGGCCCGGAUGCGCGUGCUGAGCAAGGCGUUCAGUCGGCUCAAGACCACGUUGCCGUGGGUGCCGGCCGACACUAAACUGUCCAAGUUGGACACGCUCCGGUUGGCCACCACGUACAUAGCGCACCUGAGCUCGUUGCUCGCGACUUCCGAGCAGCCGGACGUGGCGCCCGCGGGCGAACGAGCAGCGACGGCCGCGGUCCCGAUAGCGGUCACAUCCUCGCUCCCGCCAACCUAUUCCGUGGUAAAUGUUUUACGAAUUUUUACUUUUAUUUUCCUACUACAGCCCUCCCCCCCUUCCCCUGUUACAUUUAUUACAAGCGACACGUAUUGCGGUGGCCUCCAUAAAAGACGGGCGUGACCCGUUUCGCCUAAACUCGACUGUUACGUUCGAUCACAUUUUAAUCGUUUUAUAAUUAAGACGAUGAUAGUUUUUGAAUAACAGUCGAAACACAGAAAAUUAUUUAAAAAGUCGUCGCAAAAUACAAAUCGUAUUUUUUAAAAUGUCCACAAACGCAUUUUUCAAACCCGUACCCAGUUAUUUCACCAAAUACGUAUACAAAAUAUUCGUUUUUCAGUGUAUUCUCGUCUUUCCUAGGUUUUUUUUCGGGGGGGGGGAGGGGGUAGGAAUUUCGACGCUACAAAAUGUUUGAUAAAAUAACAGUUUGCGAUAUACAUUUUCAAAUUGUUGUCUACGUGUUUCGACCGUCGUUAACGGACGUCUACUCAAUUUUAAAAUUAUUGAAAUGUAUUCAGACGGAAAGGUCGAAUUCGGGCGAAACGUCCGCAACGACAAUCCGCUGCAGCAGACGGUAAACUGCGAUAAAAUCGGCCUUUUUUUUAAAAAAUCGACGGGCCAUCUCCGAGGAAAAAAAAUAAAUACAUAAACCGCGAAUCGCGAUAAACCCGUACGGUACGGUGUGGGUGUAUAAACUGCGGUCAUUUUCGGCAGACACCGCGUUACUAUGGGAGGGCCGGUACAUUAUAACGCGAUCGUCAUAACGCAAUGUGGAAUUCCGUUACGAACAAUAGUCCGUCCGCAGUGUUGUCUACGAACGAAAUAUGCAAUACACACGACCGAUCAAAAGUCACGGAUGCGCGAACUGUCACCGGGUCCGAACGAUUUCGGCGGACCGGCUUCAGAAGCCGUCGAUCACGUUGACGUUAGAAGAACGGCGUGGAAGAAACGGCGCGCGCCGUAAAAUAAUAUCGUGUUCGUAAUAAACUUUGGUAGGAUGCGUUUCCGUUUCGUAAUGAACUCGAGUCGUCCGUCCGGCGUUGGUCGCGCGAACAGAAAUACAAUCCGACAAUGAGGAAUCGAAUAACCGGCGUCCGCGGUAAAUCGCCGUAGAAACAUCGCGCAUCCCCGUGACGAUUGUUGCGGCCCGUUUGUUUUAACGUUUUUUUGUUUUUUUUUUUUUUUUAUCGUAUUUCAUUCGCGUCGCUACCCGUAAACCGACGAAACUAAUUUGAAUACCGAAAAUAACCAAUAACCGUGUGUCGGCCUCUACUUUAGAGGUCGAAUUCGAGGGACGGGGACAGUGGUCCGGCAUAAAACCACGCUCAUGCAGAGUUUCAGCUCAAUCCGUUCUGUAGUUUUGGCGUGUAGGCGUAACGAACGUCCGUCCAAACGUCAAUCUAAACAAACUUUUGCGUUUAUAAUAUUUUAUUUAUACAAUACAGGCCGAAGCCCUCCCCCCCCAAAAAAAAGAAAAAAGUAGGGACACACGCAUAACAAAUGGCUUACUGGUCAGUAUUAGCUAGGUGCAGUUAGCGUGGAUCAGACUUAAAAUAUUCUAGGCAGACACGACGAGAGAGAAAAAAGAAAAAAAAACUGAUAUUGGGCACUGUUGUGGUUGGGAGGUUGAGAACGAAGGAUAGAUAGAGGGGAAUUUAAUUUACAUCUGUACGCAGUGAUUAAUUAUCGCUAACGAAAAACGAUUCUGAGCCGAGCUCUAACAAUAGUAUUGCUUUUUCAACAAUGUGCGUUUUCACGACAACAAUGAUAAAAAUAACAAAAAAAAAAUACAUAAAAACGGUUGCCGACGACAAUCUCAUUUUUAAUCUUUUAAUAUUUGUUUUAAUCUAAAGAACCACACGUAAAAAUAAACAAUUUUUUUUUAUCACUUAACCGCAGAAAAAAAAUAACUUUAUUCUUUCGCUAUUCAAAAUUUUUUCUAAAUAUCCACUUUAUAAAAAAUAUUAUGCUAAAAAUUUAAACCUACCACACAUUCAUAACGGGUCAAUAUAAUUCUGAGUAAUAGCCGUUUUAAUUUCUAGAAAAUUGGCUUGAUGACAAUUAAUUUUCAAGAAAAGAUAGGGAAUUACCGUGCCGAUUGUGAUUCCGAAUCGCGUAACGUGUUAUUCUAAAAAUAAAAAUCGUAUAAAACGAAAAAAAAAAAAAAACGACAGAGUUAUACAAAGUUCGCAUAACAUUGUAGGACACUCUGUAUGUAUGUAUACAACAGACACAAUACAAUACAAUAGUCUCCAUUUUCGGAGAAACUUCGACAACCAAUAAAUUAUAGCGGAGCCGUUGCAAUCAAGGCUUACAAUUUCCGACGGGUAUUUAAAAUAUACACGGAUACACGUGUUGACGUUUAUUGAACCGUGUAUUUGAUAAUGCCCGCGAUUUUUACAUUCACCGCUGCGCGAUCUCGUCCAGUGACGUAAAAUAUUAAUAUUCUGAUCGAACUUAACAUAAUUUUAAUCGAACGACCGGCACAUACAGUAAAAAUUACAUCGGAUAAAAGGUUUAUUAUUGAAAGUACGCGUGCAUUAUUAAAUACACGGAUCAAUACACGGGUUUCACAAUAUUACACGCGUACCCGUGUGUUUUAUGUACACGUGAAGUCGAAGUCCUCGGUUGCAAUGUCUACGGUCGCACCGAAAUUCACAAUCGGACGGAUCUUGUUUUCCCAACAAUUCCGGUUACACAAAUCGGAUUCGUAAGGCCGUUACGCUCAGUCGUAGAAAUUCAUGUUUCCUGAACAAUGGGGGCAACUCCCCCCCCCUAGCUUUCCGGCAAGUUAAAAUAAUUACAUCCGAAUGCAAUAUCUCAAAAUCCCAGUCUUCAUUAUUAAGUACCAAGGUGAAUAUUUAUCGUUUUGAUUGCAUUCCGCUAAUUUAUUAUCACAAUAUACAAUAAUUUACGCCUUAUGAUUUGAAUCGGAUACCGACCACUCAACCGACCGAUAAUUUUUGGAUAAUUUUUGUGGACAGCUGACUCGCGGUUAUUUGAUGUGUUCAUGUCGGUGUGUUUGCACGGGAAAAAGUCGAAGAAGUUAAUUUAGCAGAAAAAUGUGUUGACAGAUUCGGGAAAAAUAACGGAAAUUGCGAUUUGCGUUCAAUUAGUCGCUAUGAAUGUAGAAUUUAAUAUUGUACUGCUAAUAUAGGUGUAGAGGCACUUUGAAACAUUUUCGAAAACACGCAUAAUACAUUGGUAUAAUAAAAGUGUUUCGCAUAAAAAUGAAAAUUAAGACCGUGUCCCCCUCCCCCCAUACCCCUCGGAUUUUCACCUCGGGGCGCCCUUGAUAUGGAAUCUGAUUUUGCGGAUGGGAAUAAAAACGGAUUCGCGGUGAGCCGUUUCGUUUCGGCGUGGAGGACGGCGCGAACGGCACGCGAUACAUUGUACGUCGCCGCCGCGCCGGCGAAACGGGAUUCGGAACGGCGCCCGAAACGAGUAAUAAUAACAACGAUAAUCGUCGAUGGUCGCCGGCGGGCGCGGACGGGACAGACACCCGGGGAACGGGCCGCGCCGAAAUUAUUGCGGCCCGCGCCCGUCGUUAAUCGAGUGUCGUCGGUUAUUCCGCAAGUCCCGGCCGCGCGGUUUUCACGGCGCCCGUCCGACGAAGACGGCGGCGGGCUUCGGCGGCGGCGGAUAGCGGACGGCACGUCGUCUCGGCGUCGUGACCUACUGCUGCCGCGGCUGCCGGGUUUACAAUAUUUUGCACCUGGACGGGAAAAAGCGCGCGAUCGAAAUUUGUGGUGAAAUUAAACCGCGGACUGAUAUAAUGGAAAUUAUACGCGAAAAUUUAGAGAAAAAAAAGAGCCGAUACUGUUGACGGGAGCGCGCCAUUGUCGCGGGCGAAAAAUUGGUAACGACGUAGGGCGCAUAAUUGGUAAACGGCGAUGAACCGUUGUUGACGAAAUACGAUUCCCGGCAAAGUCCGGUUGGAUAUUAAGUUUAUUGAAAUGCUACGCGAUUUGUUAUAUUUUCGAUUGAAAUUUAAACGUGUAUAAAAAAAAAAAAAAAAAAAAAAAAUAAAACGAAAUUGUUAUAUCCGUUAACUUUCCCGAAAUUCCUGACUUUUUUUUUCUAGUUAUUUAGAAAACUGUAUGGAAAAACUACCUUCUAUUGUGCAACAAUUAGACAAUUAGUUGUAUUACAGAAGAGAUGUUAGACUUGGACUUUUUACCACCGUAAAUUUGUCCGUAUUACUGUAGAUCGUUGCUCGGUGUCUCGUAAAAAUUGCUUGGAGAAUCAGUGACGAUUCUAAUACACCAAAUAGAUCCGGAAUUUUACAAAACAGCCUCUUGUAAAUUUUAAUUGGCGUAUGAUUUCAGGUUGAAAAGUUGUUUACACACGAAAAAAGAUAAAAAAAAAAUAAGAAGCACAUAUCAUAGUAAAAUUAUUACUACCUAUCAUUUUGACUAGCGAAUACACUAGAUCCACUGUGCACAGAAAUUCCUCCUCUUCGCGUCCCUAGUACAAAAUUAAAAACUGUUUCGUUUCAAUUUCGUUCUCAAACUAUCGUUUUGAGAUUUAAAAUUCUUUUUACUAUACGAGUAUUAUAGUACACAAUAUUAUAUAAAGUGUACGAUACGUUAUUAGGGAACCAAUAAUAAGUACUCGCCGUUUUAUGGCGGUCUGUCAUUGUGAGAAUAAUAUACAAUUUUAAUUGAAUUGGCAGCGAACCAUUAAAACAAAUCGAAUUUCUGCUGAUUUUAUAGGACGUCGGACGAUUUAAUAAUAGAUAAAGUACCGAUACAUUAAUAUUUGAUUUAAUGUGUUUUACAUUCUGAGCACACAGCGAGAAAUGGAUUUGUUUUAUUAAAAUGCGAUGUGCUUUUCUGCUUGUCUGCAGAGUACAAAUUUUCGAUCAGAAAUCUUGCUCCAGUCAUCAAUAUCGGGGGCUUGAUUCUGGAAGCGAAUUUUGUCUAUUUGGUACAUUAGAUUUUACACCUAGGUUAUUUUUUAAAAAUCGGGAAAUACCGGGAAAAAUGGAAAAGUUUACAUUUUCAGAUUUUGAACAGAACGAGGAAUGUAUUGGUUUGAUAAUGAUGUGUAUUUUUUUUUGUUUUAUGUGAACAACUUUUCUAUCAGAAAUUUUGCUUCGAUUUUUAAGUGUUGCAUCGUUUUUGAAAGGAAAUUUGACUGGGAUGGUAUUUUGAUUUUCCCAGGAAUUUGUAUAACAAAUUGGAAAAAUCAAGAAAAAACGUAGGAAAAAUGGAGAAGUUUACAAAAUGCAUUAAUAUAAAUUCUUAAAUAUUACGAUAUAAAAAACUUUCAAAACUUUUAAAACGUGAUUAACCGAAUUUUGCUCAGAAUCGUUUUUCGUUAACAAUAAUUUAUCGUUGCGUAGAGAUAUAUAUUAAAUUUUCCUUCUACCUUCCCAAUUUUUCACCUACAACAGUGGCCCAGCCAUCGUGCGAAAUAUGUCCGUGUCUUUUUUCUGGUUUUGUUUUUUUAUUUUUGUUAUUAUUUGGUUAAAAAUAAUCAUAGAGACCUGAAAUAUUUACAGAAUUGUUGUAUUAGUCUUUUUUUAGAUGUGGUCAAAGCAUUCUGGUUAUUUUUGAGCUAAUUAUAGACAUUUAAAUUUUUUAAAUUCCGGCAUUUCGUUUAAAGUUAAUAUUUUGACGGAAUUCAUAAAAAUUACUGCAUUUUAAAACAACGUUACUUUGUAAGUUGUUUACAUCGCUGUUUACAAAAUUAAAUUUAAUACAUUAAUAAACUUUAUGUACUCUAUACCUUUCCAACUAUCCAUCUAUACAACAGUGGCAGCUCAUUUUUGGGUUUAUUUUAUUUUUUAGUAAACAAUUUCGCUACUAGAAAUCUGUCUCCAAUCAAUAUCUCUAGAGGUAGUUUCUGGUCGAUAAUGUUGUCUAGUUGGUGCAGCAUUCUAUUUUAAUAAUAUAAUAUGGUAAAAAAUAACGCGAAGAAAAACAGAACGAUUUCUAUUAUUCUUUUGUUCAUCGAUCGAACUUAUUACGUUUUCAAUCCUCUACCUACGCUAGGUGAAAAAUAAUUGUCUUUCGCGGUUUGCAUAUAUGACGUCAACGACGCCUAUGUAGAAUAACGUUAAUAAUACGGUACCUAUUCGUUUUUUAUCCGCCACGUGGGUUUUUUAUAUGUCAUCAACUGAUAGUGUCGGUGAAGGGGAAGGAAAAGGUCGCAUAAUCUGUCGGAUACGAGACGCAUAUAAUAUUUAUUUAAAAAAAAAAAAAAAAAUACACUAAAAGUUGCAGAUAAUAGUAGUAUGAAAAUGUUUUAAAUUCUUACUUUUUUUUUUUUUUUUUAAUAUCCCUGAGUAUACUUAGUAAGGUACUUUCUUAUAUAUUUUAUAUGCAAAAAUAAACCCAAAGAGACAGAAUUCUUUAUUAUUAUAUCCCCCUCCCAUAAAUUCGAUAACAGGUGUUUUUAUACUCUAAUCUCGACUUAAGCUCGAUGCUGAAAGGACCUCGUGAUUUUCCACUUCAUUCAUCGGAUUCCGUUAAAUGUAACCCACUUCAAUUAAUAUCACAUACCUGCACUAUAAAUCUAUACAAUUUUGUUACAAUUUUCCAUACUUUCGAUAAUGAGUUGAAUAAUACGUGAAUUUUAAAACACCAUCAAGAUUGUCUUCAAAAUGUUAUCAUCUACAAACAUUAUAAUAUAAUAGGUGUUUUUUUUUUAUCUAAAACUAAUUUUAAAGACCUCUAUUUCGUUUUUUUUUAUGAGUGAACACUUUUUUGAUACAUUUUGUCCGUUAUACAGAAAUAUACCUACCGCUAAAAUGGCACUGAUGUCUGAAACGGCUUCUCAAGGUAAUUUAUUAGUUUGAUUUUACAAUAUAUUAUUACACAGAAUAUAAUUAUUAUAUAAUAACAACGAUGAACUUAACUUACUUGACUUAAUGCGAUCGUUAGGGUUCGUUGAGAUCGUCGACUGAAGACAGUUUCACCGUUCUAUUAUGGCAGAUAAAAUAAUUAUCUCAUUUACCCUUUUAAUAAUAAUUAUGGAGUUCUCUAUUAUCAUUUUCAACUAAUAAAAACAAUAAAUUUUAAGUCGUUUUAGGUAUUUCGUUUUAGCUUUUUUAUAUUUCGGUGAUUUGUAGAUAUUGAGUUUUUCGAUAAAUUGUAUGUAGUACUCGAAUUGUGAAGGGUGAGCAGAGCUCUAGAGAGAGCUCUUAUACUAUUUUUCUUUUGUUUUCACGUUCGUUCGACUUUACUGAUUAUUUUAAUUGGGAUGGAGAGAUGAUUAGUCUCUUUUUGAUAACGUACCUAUACCUAUUAUACCAAUUACAUAUUAGAAUAUUUAAAAAAAAUCAGUAAUUUAAUCGUUCUGCUUUAAAUUAUUAUCAUUAUUCAGUUUUCUGUAUUGCAUUUUUGUCCUGUAAUUAAGUAAUGUAAUAUCUGAAUUUUUUUUCCUUAUGUGAAAAUAAGAAACAAUCUUAUAAAAAUAGCUAUUUUAAAUAAUAUUAUUAAUAGUUCUUCUUGUCGUGUCCGGUAAUAAAAAUGCCAAUAACAAUUAAAUUAAAAGGAGAAAAAAAAAACAAACAAACAAACAAAUAAAAAAAAUAAACAAAUAGAAUUACAUGAAUGCAUAAACAAAUUAAUAGUAAUAUGUAUGUAUAAAUAAAAUAAAUAAAUAUGUAAGCAAAAACGUAGUCUGCAAAAUUAUUAUUCAUUGUGUGAUUUUCUAUAAAUUGCCAUGUAUUAAAUUAUUUAUGAAAAAAUGUGGUGUAAGGGAUGUUGUAAGGAUAGAGCAUAGCCUCCCUACGUUUUGGGUUACGUUUAAUAAUAUUAUAAAGGACGCUCAUUUUUUAUAAGUCUCACAGUCCCUCAUAUUUUUUUUUCCAAUUUGAACACUGUUUGUACGCCGUUUUCCUUUAAAAGUAUAUUUUAGAUAUAGGUACCGUUAUAAUUACCGUUUUAUAAUGUACAUAUGAUAUUAUAAAGGUGACAAAAUACAAAUAAGGUAAGUUAAGUUCAAUAUUAUAAUAUCAAAUAUAAAAAGGACGGACAUACUUAGUGCACCCACUGUUUUAGGUGGAAAGUCGGGAAGGUAGGAUACGGCCGGAAAUUUAAUGUAUAUCUGUAAGCAACGAUAGACCAUUGAUAACGAAAAAACGAUUCUAAGUGGAGUUCAGUUGAUAGUGUUGCUUUGUCAACAAUACAAUAUAAUAUGGUAUUUAUCAUAUUAUGGUAAAAUGAUUACAAUAAUGUGCGUUUUCAUGAUAACAAUAAAAUUGUUUAAAAAAGAUUAAAAUAAUAAAAACUUAAUAACUAAAAAUAAAUAAAAACGGUUGACAAUGACAACCUUAUUUUUAAUCUUUCAAUCUUUUUUAAUCUAAAGAUCGAGGUUUUCCUCACUAUCUCAAAUAUUGAUGGGAAUUUCAAAAAAUGACCUCUCUAAAGAACUACUCAGAAAAAAUUACGUUAAUACGUUUAUACGUAUCGUGUAAUAAAGUAACAACCAGAAAAAAAAAUUCCUUUCAGAAAAGUUGCUAUACUUGAUAAUCGGAGUAUGCUUUCUGGUAGAAGAAGUGUUCACAUAAAAAAAGAGAAAAAAAAUAAAACUAACAUCAUUGUAAAACCAAUAUAUUCCUCGUUCCGCUCAGAAUCUAAAAUAUGACGAUAUAUUUUAUACCGUUAUAAAUUAUAAUAUUGUUGUUAAACAAAAAUAAUUAAUUUCGGAACCCGAAGGAUAUAUUAUUAGGUUAAUGUGUAAUUAUUAUUAAUAACCUGGCUAUUGAACUGUCAAAAACACGGAUAGAACGGUAACUUUAUACACAUAUUACUGUACAACAAUAACAGUAUACCUGAAAUCGGAAAUAGAAUAUUCCCGGUAAAACAAUAUUAUACUAUUAUAAACCGUUUCGGGAGAAAGUAUAAUUAUAAAAUAUUAUGUUAAAUUAACUCCGACCGCGUUAAAAUAAUAUUCUCCGUGUUCAUAUUUUUAGAGCACACGUUAAUAUUAAUUCUUAUAAACGUAAAUUAAACUCUGAUACACACCUUAUAAUAUGUUCCUCAACGCAUCUACGAUAACACCAGUGGCAUUUAAAAUGGCUUUAUCACCUAACCUAACCUAACCUAAUAUUUUUCACGAGACGGUCGAUAAGACGUAGUGGUUGUUAUCAGUGACCACGGCUGUUCGAACCAUAGACUUAUUAAUAAAUGGACUGUGCAGUAAACGGGAAUCCGAUAUUGAGUGACAGAGGUAGUGCCAAGUAUAAUGGAAGUCGGAAGAAGUCGUAAUUUAUUUUUGGUAUUGCAUAAUUCAUUGUAACAAUUCAUAAUUUGAUUUAACGGCGGCGGUAGAUAGUAUAAGCAAAAAAUAUCGAAACGGACGUUUUCUACAUCAAUUUGAUUUGUGACCACAGAAACGUAAGCAUCCGAAUCCUUUGCAUUCGGAUGCAAUUCAGCAUAUUUCUCAUUGGUGACCAUACUGAUUUCAUUUAAUUUUGUGGUCGUUUAAAUGUAUUUUUAUACCGCGGUUCUUGCGAAUUCAUUGAUUAACAAUUCACAAAAUUGAUAAGUGAUUUGAAAUUUACGAAUUUACGAUAAAACAUUAUAUUUUUUCAAACAUUUUAAUAUGCUUAAUUUUGAGAUGCUCCGAUGCUCGUACCUAUUAAUAGGAAAACAAAUUCCUCAGAAUUGCCUAGUGGUUAGACACAUGCCUACCCUUUCUAUACGUUAAUCCGAGCUUAGUAACUACCCCUAAUGCUGGUGAAUUUUGACCAAGAUUUCUGAUCGGAAAGUUGUUCACAAACACAAGAACACAAAGAGUAAUCUCUAUUUCUCUAUGGUUUCAAUCCGUAGAUUGGUUUGCAGCUCUCCUCUAUUCUUCUCUAUUGUUUGCUUGCCUUUUCAUUUCUACGUAUGAGUUACAUCCUUGGUCUUUUAUUAUCUGUUGGAUAUAUUCUAAUCUUGGUCUUUCCCUUUACACUUCCCUCUAUAAUCAGUUUUAGCAAUCCACCAUAUCGCAUUAUAUGGCCUAUCCAUUCGUUCCGUCUUCUAACUACAUUGUUCCAUAAUAGCUUUCCCUCUGUUAUUCUUUCCAUUACCUCUACAUUGGUUACUCUGUCCAUCUGUCCAUCCAACUUAUCAUUAACAUUCUUCUAUAGCACCACAUUUCAAACGAUUCUAACCUUCUUCGUUCUUAUGUUGAUAUUGUCCAGGUUUCACAACCAUAAAGGGCUAAUUUAUGGAGUAUAGACUCCAUAAAUUCUACUUAGAGUAUAGUAAAAUUGAUGAUUCCUCGCAAAGUUACAAAUCUAAAAAAAAAAAAAGUUAUAAGUAAUAGUUCGAUUAAACUGUUCCAAAAAUGUUGCGUACCAUAACAACAAAUAAUUUCGUCAACUUAAACGUUAAAAAUAUUACAUAAUAUCCGUAGGACGAAUUUGGACGAUUAAACUAAAAUCGAGUCACUAUCAAGACGAAACAACUUGCAGUUUUUCAAAGUGAAUUAUGCGAUUUUUACAUUCAAACAUUUUUCAUGUAAAUUGUUAUUGCAGUAAUUUAGUAGUUUUUUUUGUUGUUUGGAAACUGCUAUUUCGUUUAUUAUUUGCUUGGUUCGAAACGAAUAUAAGACUUGUUUUUUUUCUUCUAGAAGAUUUUACGUCGACCGCGAAUAAAACAAAGAACUAAUUUACUCUUAUUUAUUUAAUUAACUUUAUUAAUUGAAACUUGUUCAAAUAUGAAAAUCGAACAAACUGCAAUAUAAUAUGUAUACACACAAGUUUGCUAUAAUGGAUUUUUGGUUUGUUUCCAAAUAACUACUACUAUACAAGGUAAAUCGAAAAACUUAUUUAAUCGAAAGAAUAUAGAUAGGUAAUUUUUCUUUCGAUACGUAUUAUUCUCGAUAGUCGAUAUAUUAUAAUUAAAUCGCAGUUAAUGUGAACAUAAAUUGUGUAUGAAGAGCGUCCCACCGUGUUCUUAGGAGUUUUAUAUCAUUGUUAAUAUUUAAAAUGUUUAAACAUUUUAUUAUUUCAAUUGUAUGUAUUUGUUUUCAAGGGUAGGGUGGAAUUCAUCAUAGGUGCACCAUCUAUGGUCAAUGGUUAAUGGCCUAUUAUGGCCACUCAUUUUUAUUUUGUAUAAUUUUUCAAUAGCCAUAUAAUAAUUAUUGUACUAAUUUGCGUUAAUGAAUUUACUAGGUAUUUUCAGUAUUGUGUUCCAAAACCAUAGAUCUCGUUAGAUAAUAGAUCAUAGAUCAGAGUUCUAUGGAUGACCGUAAAACAGUAAAAUACAAUUCUAAAAUACUAAUACUCAUUUUUCAUUCUGCAAUGUUCUCAAGGCUUUGAAACUAAGAAUUGGUAAAUACUAGUAAUGAUUUUAUGGUUUAAUUUUGAGUUUUUUUUUUAUUAAACGUAAAGAAAUUAUAUUAAAUAUUCAUAGGAAACAUUUCUAAAGAUGGUGACUCUAUCCUAUGUAUGUUUAGAAAAAAAUUAAAUAUUCAUCAUCACCCCUUAAUCACUACAGAAAAAUAACAUUAUUUGUUCAAAAUAACCAAUUUGUAAUCAAUAUUAUUCUAAAAGUUUUAAUCCAACAUACAUAAUAUACAUACUCGUAUGUCUCGUAAAUCUUUUUUCGAACAGUACAGUAGCUGUUUUAAAUUCUAGAAAAAGUGAAAAUUCACAAUCGCAAUACAACUGUCAACUGAUAACUAUUUUCAAAAUAAGCGAGUUUUCAUUUUAUUCCGUACCUGUUACAAAUGAUUUAUUGUGUUAAAAAUUGAAAAUGUUAGACAAAUAGAAAUUCAAACGGAAACUAUUGACCGGAUAUAAAUGUACGGAAUUACGUACAAAUUAUGUAUAUAUUUUAAAAAACUAAAUUCGAAAUAGUGAGAUUAUGAUGGGAGAAAAAACACUCUGUAUACUAUGCGUACUCUUGAUUCUGUAUUGCACAGAAAUAUAAAAUCAUGUACCCAAUGCCGGAUGUCCUAAGAAUUUAUAAUGUCGGCCGUUAUUUCCUGUUACCUAACGGGAAAUGAUAACAAGUACUUAUGCAGACGAAUGAUAUAUCAUUAUUACACCCUUUUAAGAAUGGUCAUCAUUUAUUGAUUGUAAACGUUUCCGGUAACGUAUAACGCAAUAUAUAUAUAUAUACAUAUUUCAUUUUACGCAAAUUAACAAAACCAUAAAAUGAGGGGGUUUUUUUUUUCGAAAUUUGUCCCUUUUAUCGGAAUAUCUAUAGUAUUUAAUGCGUCAAAUUAUCGUACCUACCGUCGGAUCCGAUUACGUUUCGGCCGAUGGUGCCGUAAUGCAACGUUCGCAUUGGCGGGCGAAACGUCUCUCGUAUAUACCUAACUAGCACAUCUCCCUGUUUACGACAGUUCGUUUUAUCGCCGCCUCGAUAUUAUUACGACGUUGUUGUAAUAUUAUUACGGUUUUAUUAUUUUAUUUUUUUCUCACUCGUUUUAUUGCUCCCCCUCCCCUUUCUUCCGAUGCAUCCGAACGGACGGCCCGUAGUAAUGUAAGGAAACAAGAUAUUAUGACGACGACGCAUAACAAUAUAAUAUAUUGUUAUAUAGUGAAAUGUAUACACAGUCCGUGGGAUCAUUUAUAUCGCCGAACGCGAAAAUAAUACGAAACAAAAUAAGGUUGGGUUAGAGAUGUAUGUAUAUGAGAAUCGUUAAAAAAAAAAAACGCGAAACGGAACUAUAAUAUUAUAGUAAACUGUGAAUUUGUAGGAAAACGUAUUAUCUUUAGCUCGUAUAGUUUUCAGCGGUAUGUUGAUAAAUAAAUAUUCAUAUAUUUGAGGAGGCACUACUCCGGUUAGAAUCGUUUUUCGUUUUUAGCGGCAUACAGUUUAAUAUCAUAAACUAAAUUACUAUCUUACCGUUAUUAAUUAAAUACCUAUAAUAGUGGCCUGCUCGUGGACGUCAUCACCUAUGUUUUUUGCGUUAUAUUGCAAACGGUAUUUACGACGGUUUUCGUCAUUUGAACCGUUUUUGUUUUAUUGUUAUUCGUAAGCCCCCCCCGUAUCCAAAUAAAUAGACAUUUGUUGUUUGCGAAAUAAUGUACCUACCUAGGUAUAAGGUUAGGAUUUAAUAGAAGCGAUUAAUGCGACGUCAUAGUAUAUGUGACCAUAACAAUCCUUGUCGAGUGCGAUCGGAUCCAAACAAAUACAAAUGUACAACACGAAUACAUGUAGUGGCGAAAACGAACAUUUAACUAUUAGGAAGCUACCUAUAAUCUACCCAAGAAGUACCCACCCAUCAAUAUUUCCAAUAUAUCGCGAUAUGUUCACCUAUUUUCAUUAAAUAUGUAGAAAAAGGGUGCUGCUAUUUAAUUUGUCUCAUUUUAAACACGCGCCCACCUUUAAAUCUUAAAUAAAACCGUGAAUCGACCCGCUUCUCAAAGACCCUGUUGUACGCGUUAUAAAAAGUAACGUUUCUUAAAUUCUCUUGUUUAAUAAUCGUGAAAUCUCAAUUUGUAUACAAGCGCUUUUCGAACGGGAUCACGGUUUGGAACCGAAUGAUCCGUUUAACCAAUUACUACCGACAACAGACCGACAAAUCUAAUUGCUUCUAUGAUGAUCGAAAAUGCAGGGUUUUUUUUUCAAAAUUGUUUUUCUUAUUCGACAAUCGCUUUAGGUUUUCAUACGUGUACGUGCGCAUUUACGAUUUCGGUUUAUUCGGCGCGUUUUCGGCUACCAACCACCCACGCUGCAUUUUCGUCGCGAUAUUAAAUUUCGAAUGACAUUACGCAAAAAUCCUGGUCUGGUAUAAUAACAAUUUCGGUAUUGUUUACACGCGAGAGUCCUGCGCGAUGAUUCGCCAGGAACAGCGCCGAGUAAAACCGGCAAAACCUCGAACGGCGUCUAACCUAACCCUACCGUCCGCCCCCUUGAUUUCCAGCUUUACCCCGCACGUUUCUCGGCCGUUCCCGACCGUAUCGACCAAAUCCCGUUAAACGGCGCGAACCUACGGCGGCGGCGGCGGCGGCGGGACGGCCGCUCCUCGUCUGACAUAAUAUUAUUAUAAACUCUUUGCCUAUAAUUUAUCUAUUCGUGUUACACCAGGUGCGUUUUGCAAAAAAAUACUUCGGGGUGGGGAUUAAUGGUUGAACACUUUCAUACUCUUAUACCAAAGAAGUUUCUAUAGUUUCAACUGUAGUAUUAUUUAUUUUUUAUAAAAAAUUUCAAUAUUUUAUGACAUUCAUUUUUAGCCUUUUAUAGGUACCUAUUACUAAAUUUUACAUUUGAUAUUUUUUUAGUGAAUAAAGCCUCAAUGAUAACGUGAUAAUGUGAUGAUAAUGCGGACUCUGCAAUAUCUCCGUAUCAGUUAUAGUUUUAUAAUAGCAGAAAAACCACAAACAAUUAGAAACGACAAUUAUAACAACAUACCCAAGUACUAUCUAGUAAUAAAACAAAAAUUGUAUUUAUCUUCCUCAUUACACAGAAACCACUUUUGAGACUCUAUUAAAAAUCUACUUUCAUCAUAAUUUUUAUGAAAUUUUGUGAGAGGGAGGGGUUGAACUCCUAACCCCCCCCCCCCUUUGUACACGCUCCUGUGUUACAUCCUACCGGUGCAAUCCGUGCAUUUCGUAAGUUUCGUGAUGUUAGUUUUAACGUUCGGGUGUAUCGAUGCCUAUUACGAAACCUUAAGGCAAGAACAUUGUCUGUAUUCGCACGUCGGUAUUGUUCCGAUACUUGAAUUUACGAGUGAGUUACGAUGGUUUUUAAGCCGUAAUAUUUAGCAUGUUCGUAACUUGCUUGAAAAUCGAAAUAUUAAAUAAAACUAUCGUACACGUAUAUAGAUAACGUUAAGAGGACGUUAUAUCCCCAUGACGUGCUGUUUAAGCCAAACUAACGGACAAUACGGCCAAAUCGACAUUACGCAGACUGCGUACAACUCGCUUAAUUUUGGUUAUGGAGCAAAAGCGUCUACUAUAAAACUAAAAGAGGACGAUAAUCCGGAUGGUAAGAUGAUGCGUUUAUUUUAGAUUUCGAGCGUAGCGACGGAGCUAUUGGUUUUACAAUGCUGUUUAUUUCUUCUUUGUUCUAGUUUGUUGGACACGUUUUUUCCUAGUAAACUUCCACCGAUUUAUACGUGUAGCAUCAACUUUUCUGAAAGCUCAAGUUAUCUAGAUUGUACUUUGAAGAGGUCAUUUUUUGAUUUUCGACGCAUUUUUUAAAUAAAAGCACUUAAAUGGGAAAAAACGUAGGAAAACCUACAAUUUUACGAUUUCAUAAAAACACGGACGGCGUUUUCUACCAGGAAUCGUCUUUCGUUAAGCAAUCGUUUAUCGUUGCUUACAGGUAUAAAUGAAAUAACCUUGGUGUAUUCUAGCCUCUCAACUUUUCACCUACAACAGUGGCUUCGCCCGUCCCUAGUAUCAGCUCUUUUUAAAUUAAUUUUUCGAAAUAUUAGAAUAAUAUGAAAAAAAUCUUCAUCACGCCCUCCGGAAUAUUGCCCUCUUUUAAUUUAACGAGGGUUGAUUUUACUCUAAAACCAAAACGAAGAGAGUUGUACACAGUCUGCGUAUGGGAGAUAUAUUUUUACAUUACUCGUUAGUUGGGCUGAGACGGCACACGCGCGGGUGUGACGUCCUUUUAAAGGUAAAUGUCAAAAACAACAGCACGAAAUGUACGAAAAGUAUAAAUACAACGUAAUUUCGCGAAUCGGACAAUUUCGCCGAACAUAAUGUGUACACUAUACAGGGUCGGUACACGCGGGUAUUCUUAAUACGGGACCGUAAUAUUGCAACCGUACACACAAACAAAACGAAAUGAUAUCGUCUCGUUUCUCACGGUUCUUCUGCGACCGCACACGUUCAACAGCGACCGCGUGCCGCGAGUUGUUUAUAAACAUUACCGACGCCUUUUUAUUGUUUUAGAUUCUGUGCGGUGCGAAGAACGUGUAGGUUUUACUGCGCUGUUUUUUUUUUUUUUUUAGAAUCUGAACGGAGCGAACGAAGGAUCUGUCGGUUUUACUGCGAUGCAUGUUAAUUUUUGUUUCUCGUCCGUAAACACCAUUUCGAACAGAAAACUUGCUUCGAUCGAAACGCGGUGAGAGAACUUUUUUGUUGUUGCAUUUUGGUAAUAUCUCGAUUUUCCGAGUAAUUUUCGUGAUAUUAUUGAAAAAAACCGGGAACGAAAUUAUAGGAAAAACAGCUAAUAUUUACGGCGUACCGAUUUUAUUGUUUUUGAUUUUUGCGCACAAUGUUUUCUACCAAAAAUAUAGCUCCGAUAAAAAAACAACAAGUGACCUUUUUUGUUGAAUUUUUAAUCUCCUUAGUAAAUGAGAAAGUCGAUUUUUGUUUCUCUAUUUAAUUCUCUUAAUAAUUUAUCAAAACUAACAAACAACGUAAAAAAAAUACAAAGAACGGGCAAGUUUACGGAAAUAAUAGUUUUAUUAUAUUUAGUUUUUUUUUUUUUUUUUGUUUUGUUUCAGUUUAAAAUAUUCGUAGACUUGACAUUUUAUUAGAUCACUUAUAUUUUUAAUUUUUAGACGUGAUCAAAUUUGCAAAUUAUUCUGGCGAAAUGUUUGUACGCUUUUUAUAUUUUCAAGUUUUUUUUUAGUUUUUCUUUGGUGGGUAAGUACUGUACGAGUAAAAUGAUUUGACCAAUCAGAAAUAAUUAAACAUUUAACGUUAUAUGUCGUACUUAGUGUGGUAAAAAAUGUUGAACGUAAUAGGUGCAAUAGUUUUUAAAAUCUUGUUUAAUAAUCGUUUUAAAAUCAAAUUUUGAAGAAACCCGUAAAUAUUACGGGAAUUUCAAAACACGUAAUACGGAACUUCGCUCAGAAUCGUAUUAAGUCAGCAAUGGUUUCUCCUUGAAUUUUCCUGGAGUUGUAUCUACAUUAGGGAGGUCAUUUUUUGAUUUAUCCACAGGUUUUCACGAUAAAUGGGAAAAACGGGAAAAUAUGUACAAUAUUAAACAAAUAUUAUUAAAGAAAAUAUAUUAUAAUUCGACACGUUAUAUUAAAUUGUUGACAAUGCAACGUUAUUAACCUAAUUCCGCUCAGAACCGUUUUCCGUUAGCAACGGCCAUUGCGUUAAGUUUCCCCUCUAUAACCGCUCGACUUCUCGCCUACAACAGCGGCCCACCGACGUCGCGCCAAGCGUGCCCGUAAAUCUUUUUUUUAUUUAACGUUGUUACUCUGUUUAUUAUUGUUAUUGUUGUUUUUUUUAAUUUUUUUUACGACGUCGUACCGAUUUCACUGUAAUACCCGUCGCACGCACCGCGGGCGAAAAGCCGAGCGGCGCCGGGGCUACAACAACGGAACGCGGCGCGUACGGACUAUGGGUUUUCAACCUUUUUCCGGCCGUUUUCAUACCCGCGGAAUAUUACUGCGUCCCCGAAACGCCGCCGGACGUAAAAUACAACAUGACGUGCUACGGUACCCGCGUACCCGCCCGUACUCGUAUACGACGGUGCGCGGCGCCUGUGCACGCAAUUAUUAUACCGGUCCGGACAAAUAUUUAGACGGCCCGGCGAUUUCCACUUUGAUCGCCCGCCCGGAGACCCUAAACAAACACGCCUCAACCUCCCACCCCCUCGCCCGUCUCUGCCGCCACCGCGCGCGCGCGCGCGCGCCAAUUAACAUCCGACCCGCACGGACGUCGCCGUUUCGACUGUCGUCCGUUUCGACAAUUUCCGCGCGAUCGUGUCUAUCGGGUACGCGUAAAACGCGCGUUAUUUGCCCGGUUUGAAACGUUAUGGCGGCGCGGACGUGCGCGCGCCAUGGUCCGGUGUCGCGAUGUCGCGUCCGUUUGGCGAAACCGAGAAGGCCCGUCCGGUUCGCGGAACGGACGCCGCGUGUUUUUGCUCGGCGAAAUAUUUUGAAACCAUCACUCAAUGCGCGGCGUGUCUUUUCGCGGAACGGCCACUAGAAUUCGAUAUCGCGUAAUUUCAUUCGGAUCGAACGGCCCCGUCGUCCCGGUGCAAUAAAAUAUUUAGUCUUUUUAAUAGAUGUUGUUUUUAAACAUUACGCAGUACGUUUUCGUCUCAAUAAAAAUGCCUGCACGUAAGAUAAAUAAACUUGUAUCGAAAAUACUGCCGCAACUCUGACACAGAUAUAUGUUAUUAUUAUUUACUGCACAGACCUGUUUUGAUAUUUUAACAGAAAUCCAAUAAAAGUAAUUGAUUUUAUUUUUGACCGCGAACUAUACCUAGUCGGUAAAUUAUUUGUUUUCAUCAAUAAAUGUCUUCUCGAUCCCGGGCUUUAAACGUAUUAUAGUUUUAAUCAUAUUUUUGCAAAGUCUAUAUGCGAAAAUUCAAUAUAUUAAAACCGUGUAUGCGAGUAACCCGAAAUGUACCUAACAAUACCGUUUGAAAUUAACUUAUUCUUUCGAACACCUCGUCACUUGGAUAAAAACAAAAACUUUUAAUUUGUUAAAUUCGAUAGAUUAGUUGUAAAGUUUUACAGUGAAAGAUGUAAUAUUAAAUUAUAACGUUUCGCCGUUGCUGCAUUAUUUUACGUACGUAUAUCUCAUAAAUUAUUACUGACAUUAGUUUAGGUAACUCUCAACAUUUAUUACUGUUUUCAGUGCAUAUACAACAUAAUAUACCUAAUAUAAAAAAGAGCCAUUACCGGAGACGAGUACGGCCACUGCUGUAGGUGAGUAGUUGGGAAAGUGGGUUGCAUAAAGUUAUUUAAUUUACAACUGUAACCAACGAUAAACCAUUGAUAACGGAAAAACGAUUCGGAGCGAAGUUCGGCUAUACAUGUUUUGAAAGGCCGUAAUAUUUAUGAUUUUCGUUAAAAUUUGAUUUUAACUCUCAUAAAAAAAAAAUUUUAAAAUAUUACAUACAAUUUAAUUUUUUUUUUACCACUACGUAUGACUUAUAUAAUGAAGCUUUUAUUAAAUUUUCAAGUAUUUAUGUUAAGUCUAACAAUUUAUCUACAGAUGACCUAUCAAAUAAAAAUUACGUAAAAAACUCGCAAAAUUAAAAUGUCCAAAUAGAUUCAAAUAACAGCUGAAAAAUUGCGCAAAUGUUCUGAACGUUUUACCGCGUCUAGAAAAAGUAAGUAUAAGUUUUCUGUCGACAUUUUAAGUUUCUACGAAUAUUGUAAACUGAAUUACAUAAGAAAAAAAACAAAAUUUAAAAAAAACUAUUUUCGUAUAUUUUCCCGACCUUAUGACGUAUUUUUCGGUUUUGUUCAAUUAUUAAAAAAAAAUUAAAAGAACUUUUUCGGUCACCAAUUAGAUUAAAAAAUCGAAAAAUAAGAUCUUUUGAUAUUUUUAUACCUGACAAUAUAUAUGGUAGAAAACAUAAGCCGUACAAAUUUAAAAAAAUGAUAUCGUUUUGUUGUAAUUUGAAAAAAUCGUAUGUCUCGUUUAUUUCGAUUUUUCCCAAUUAUUAUGAAAAAUGCUUAACAUCUAAAAAAAAAAACGACUUCCUCCGUCAGUGGCAAUAUAUUAUAAGGAAAAAUAUUAAUAUCUUGAGUUUUUUGAAUUGGAGUAAUAUAUCUGGCACGCCGUAAAUAUUUGACGUUUUAUCUAUAAUUUUCUUUCGGAUUUUUCCCAAUUAUAUCGAAAACCCCUUGGAAAAUCAAAAAAUCCUCAAUACACCGACGAUUCUGAUCAAGUGUUUCACCAACACGUUCUAGAACCGCAUUAAAAAGUUACGACGCGUAACGAUUUUGAAUUAUUAUUUCAAUAAAAAUAGUUUUAAAUAUUUUACAUUAACGCAUUCGCUGUUAAAAGUAUUCAGCUUAGAGAAUUGACAACUUAAAACUGUUGUAUGAAUAUAAACGUUUAUUUAAUAUCGUGCAUAAAAACGUUUCGUAUCAAUAUGGUGCAGCUUAAAGAAUUCUUGAAAUAUCUAUACUUAUGAAAAAGUUUUAAAAUAUUUUUUUUUUUCUUAACAUAGGUCGAUUAAACUUCAUGCAUUAAAUUUAAAUAAUAUUUAUUCAAUAUUAUUUUCGAAAACAUUUAUCCUUCCCAAAAUAUUAUAAUCCUAUACCUAUCUCCAUUUUCUUUGAAAUACGAUCUAUGUCGCGUAACUUUGAGUUUCAUCUUCUCUCGCAAAAUUAUUAUUUACGAAUUUAAAAUAUAAUUUAUUUUAAUAUCUAUCGAAAAACAAAAUCUCGUUUUUCAUUUGCGCGGCAUUGAGUUACAAUGAAUAUGAUAACACGUUUUCUAUAUCCGUAUAGUCAAGUUAAUGUAAAACUAAAAGGGGAAUAAACGUAUUUAAAUUUAAAGUAUAAUAAUCACUAUAUAUCUACACCUAGGCUUUAGUUUUUUCUUUCUUAAAUAAUACGAUAACGACUAUUAUUAUUGAUCAGGCAAUGCAUCAUAAUUAGUUAGGUACGAUUUCAAGAGAUAAGAAGUACAGUUAAACAAAAAUAGAUUACCUAUCAAAUAUAUAUAUAUAUUUUCCUUUAACGAUGACAGUUUUAAAACUCAACAAAUAGAUUAUAAAUACGUCAAUUGGCCCGUAUUAUAUUGAGUCUAGGAUGAUAAAAUUUCGUAUUUAUACUUAUUUCCCAACGUUUACAACCCUUCUGCAGCCCGUGUCGUAGUGCAAACGAGUCGGAUUCCUUCGAACCCUACUUGAUCUCAUCCUUUUAGUUUAAUUCCAUCACCGACGUCGGACGUCCUGUAUAGCACUGCUCCGUUCUCACGACCUUGUAAAAAUGGAUUUUUGUUUCUUUACAACCGAGAACCCCCAAGCACACGAUGGUAGUUUCGCGUGUUAAACCGCUGUAUAAAUAAUUAUAAUACGCGCACGUGUUGCCCGCAAGCUUAUUAACUUUAAAAAUAUAUUAAAAAUAUCGUAUAUAAUGAUCGCAUUAAACGCAUUAAACGUAUUAAACUGUUGCAAGUAUUUAUGUGACGUAAAUCCGAAUAAUCCGGAUUGCGGACUUCAAAAUACGAGAAUUCCAAUUCAAAAUUUCAACAUUUGGAAUUACGAUUGGUUUUGGGAUUGUAUGAAAAAUACUUAAAAGUAUCCAAAAUCAAAGUAUAAGUAUCCAAAAUUCCGAUUUUAAAUAAAUUACGGCGUUGAAAUGUAUUAAAACUAAUAGGUACUUAAUUUAUUUAUGGAAUUUUUAGUAUAGGUUGCACGUGAAAAUCAAAAGUAGGCACUCGUUUCACAGACAAACAUAUGGGUGAACAUAAAUAAUUUAAGCGUAACAUUUUAGAGCUGCUUAUUUCUUUAAUUAUAAAAGUAAAAAAAAAAACCAUUGUUGAAAAAAGUCAAUACUAUUCGAAAUAUCGAAUGUAACUACUCAAAUGGAUCACUCUGUAUGUAUAUACAAGAUACAAAAUACGUUGCAAUCGUAUUUAUUUUCUAGGAAAAUUCUACAAAAAUAAUUUAUUAUUAUUUAAUUUGGUUGUCACGGACAACGAAGUAAGUAUCCCUUUUAAAAGAUAAAUUGCUGGACAUCAAAGAUUCACUGUAGAAACAGGGUUCAAUUGAAUUUCUUUUACUGAUAUCUGUUUUUGAAAGGGUUGGGCCCAAAAUAUACCGGGUAAUUUUGAUAGUCAUUUUAUACAAUACGAGUUCGAUACACUUACUAUUGGUCAAUAAACUCGACGAUCCUCAUUACUAUAUAAACGUAGGAGUACUUUAGGGGAAUUGAAAUUUCGAUGGGGUGUGUAUACGGGAUGAUUUACUAAAUGUGCUCACACCAUUUUUUUUUUGGUUAAAUUUUAUGUAUAUUUAAAUUCUGAUUUUUGGAAUUUUUAAGUGUAUUCUUGUUUUAAAGCCGAUAUUUUCGAAUACAUAGAUUUUUCACAACAUUUAAAGAGAAUCCUGUGGCGAUAACAAUCUUGGUUUUUCAAAUGAGAACCUAUAUUAAUCAUUACAUAAAUAAAUGGAGUAUUAUUUUUAAUAAAUUUGGUGUUAAACUUUUUGACUUUCGUCAAUCCGUUAACGAGAUAUUCCACUUUUAAAUUAACGAAAAAGAGGAGUAGGAGUAUUAUUUGUGUGGUGGCACGGUGCGCGGCGUUUUAUUCUACCCUUUCCUAAACUUAUAAAUAGAAUAUUUCUUUAGAAUAGGUUGUCCUUUAAAAAAUCAAAUUUUGUAUAACUACAGGAUAUUCCUUAAAUAUUAUGAAAAAUCUAAGAGUUCAAAAUAUCGACUUUAACUACACUUAAAAAUUCUAAAAAUCAGAAUUUGUACAAAUUCAUCUUUUAAGGGAGUAAAUCACAGCGCAGGAAAUUUGUCUGUAAAAUCCAAAAAAUGGCAAUUUUAAAUUCGGAGUGAUUGAGUGAAAACCAAUAGAUUCUAUUAGAUUCUAUUGGUUUUACAGUGAUGUGUUUUUUUUCUGUCUGUACACAACUUUUUGAAAAGUUAACGAAAACUUAUUCUGGUGUAUUAAGUGAAUUCAUCUUAUCUGAAAAAAAUGUUUAUCUAGUUGAUACAUUAAAUAGGUCAUAUUUUUUUCUCGAAUAAUUGGGAAAAACCGGAAACAAAAUUAUUGAUACGUAAACGGAAAAUAUUUACGGCGUGUCGUGGCGUAUCGAUUUCAUUGUUUUAAAUUUUUACGCAUUAUGUUUUCUACUAGAAAUAUUGCUCCAAUAAAAAAACAACAAGAGACCUUUUUUUUAUUGAAUUUUUAAUCUAGUAGUAGAGUAAUAAAAUUGGUUUUUGAUUUUCUUCGUAAUUUUUUUUAAUAAUUGAACAAAACCGAAAAAAGACGUAGAAAGAACAAGAAAGAUUACGAAAAUAAUGUUUUUAUUUUGCUUAUAGAUGUAAAUUAAAUAACUUUAUUUAUUCUACCUUCCCAACUUCCUAUUUACAACAGUGAAGCACCCGUCCACAAUAUUAGCUCUUUUUCUUUUUAAUCUUAGGUUACCACGGUGACAAUGAUGAAUUCUAACGGUUAUUAUUAUUUGUAUUAUUUAAUUUGGUCUUCACGGGCGAGAAAUGUCCUCCCCUGAAAAUCCAUGCAUUCUCAUAACACGCCGGAUGGUAGUAAUUUUAUAACGGAUCAUUGUACAAUAAUUUUGUUCGGGUAGAAACUGAUGUCUGGUACCGACAACUUACACAUUACAAUGUAGAGGCAUACUUCCGAAGUGUGUGUUUCGUUUUGUUACUCGCGGUUUACGAAACGCCAUCGUAUAUUAUAUUUAACGCACUGCUUAAACCCGUUAUGUCAUCGCCCACGGAAGAGUAAGUAGACUCUUAUAACGAAUUAAUAUAAGUACCUAGUGUGUGCACCUGAAAAUUACAUAUUUUGAAUCAUUUAUCGAGUUACAACCGUUCCCAGACUUCAUUCGGAUACCAUUGUAAUUUUUGUAACUGUACACCUGUGCACGUUUCAAAAUCGUACCUUUUAUACGAAUGCUCAACGACUUAAGUUUGUUAUAAUAAUAAUAAUAAUAAUAAUAACGUUACCCAGAGGUGGAACCGGAACAAAAUUCAGCCCGGGAGAUUAAAAUAUAUCUAGGCCACCUAAUAAAAUACGUAACUACUAAACAAUAUUUAUCUCGCGUUUUAAUUUAAAUCAGUGGCCAAGUCUGGAUAUUGAAUUUAAGAGAGCUAAAUAGUUUUUUGUUUAAGGGAAAAUAAAAAGGAGAGGAGUUUCGACCCCCCAACAAAUUUAGAAAAGUGAUUUCAUCAAUAUUCAUAUUUUUAAUGUAAUAUUUUAAACGAACAUUUAUAUAAAAAAUCUUAAUAGGUACCAAAAUAAGAAUAUAAUGUGUCUUAACUAGUGCUGCGUGAUUAUUCGUUAUUUUUAUAAAUAAUUAAUCUAAUCGAGGCCGAUUAUUAACAUAUUAAUAAUUGCGUCGAUUAUUAUCAAUGAAUAAUGUAGACGAAAUAUAAAAAGAUUUGAUUUUAUUGUACGGGUCCCAAUAAUUUCAUAAGCCUUGAGUCUCUGAAAAGUUAAUAACUUGCUUUGCCGAAAACGGUUUUAAGCCAGGCCCACACGACUCGCGUAUUUGCGAAGUUUAUACGAUGUUUGCAAUUAUGUACAUGAUUAUAUUUUAUGUAUCGAUUAGAAUCUAUUAUUUAAUUUAUGUCGAUUAUAAUCGAAUUAUCGAAAAGUGAUUAUAUCGAUUAUAUAAUCGGUAAAAUGUUGUAUGUAUCGAUAAUUUGAAAAAAUAAUAAUCGACGAGCCCUAGUCUUGCAAUAACUUUUUACCAAGUUUUUAAACAAUACGAGUAAGUAAAAUAUUAUGCACACAUAUAAGGCCAUCAGGCUAUAAUAUGAUCCACGUUGUUUUGAAAAUUGGCAUUUCUAGACCGGCGACUCUACUUCUGAUAUUGCAUUAUAUAUAACAUCGAUAUACGUCUAUUAAUUCAAUGAAUCAACUUCAUAACUAGAUAGGACUAAACUAUGAUGAAUUUAAUAUUAUACCGUCGAAAUAAAUGUACAACUGGUUAUAAAACAACAAAUUAAAAAUGCAAAUUAGUAAAAUAUUUAUAUAGGUAGAAAACAAAUACGAUAAAGAUUAACGAAGUAUAAAACAGAGAGGCAUUUGUCAAGACGUCAAGUUGAUUAUACUCAAAACUAACGCGUAUAAUAUAAUAGUAUGAAAUAAUGUCAACGUCAUUGCAAUUAUUUCUAGAUUAUUCGUUUUAAAAUUUAAUACGUACACUCGGCAGCUGUAUAAAUAAAUUUGAAUAUAAAAUUCAACAACUUUUUCUUUUUUUAUUUAUAUUUAUAUAAAGGCAUACAAUUAUAAACAUUAUAAAAUAAUAUUGUGUAUUAUUUUAAUCUAAAAGUUGAAAUUAAAAAAAUGAUGGCGCGAAAAACAAGAGAGGAAUAUUAUAACCGGAAACCGGAUGUCAAAAAUAAUUUAUUUUAACGGGAAGGCCAAUUACUACAAUAUUAUAGGAGCGUAUUAGCACAUCCCGGAAUCUCGUGUAAAUCCCAUGCGAAACUCGUAAACUUUUCAAUGUUUAACAGCCCGUUUCAAUAGAUAAAGACUGCAGAUAUUUGAAAAGUAAUCACACUCGUUACUACUCAACAUCAGAGGAAUACAAUAUGCGUUCGAAAAGCGCACUUACACACUUACACUUACACUGAUAUUGAAUUUCGUUUAUUUUGUAAAAUCCUGCGGCAUUUGAGGCGUUCGAGACAUAGGCAAUUACUUAUUCAUCUUCUUUUUCUUAACAGCUUAGCGGACCAUGUAGACCCAUCGCUUCCACCGCUUUAACUAAUCAUUCUAUCGGUCCUUAUCAUUCGCGUCCUCUAAUUGUAUAUUUUCAUUGACCAUUGCUGGAUCUUUCUCUGUUUAACGCUUUUCGCUUCUGCCGCGUGUUAUUUUUCCAGGCCAUUUUCAAAACGAGUUUCAGGACAGUCUCGAAUAAUGUGUCUCAUAGUUUGUAUGCUCCUACAUUCAUAGUAUUGUGUAUCACAUAUGAAGUAAGUAUUGGUAUCGACUUUUGUCUGUUCCAAACCGAUUUUGUGCGGUCUACAAGGAUCUUGGAAAAUUGAACCUUGGGACUCUGUAAUAUUGUUCGUUUAUUAACUCAGCGUUCUUUACACCCGAGUGUCAUGGCAGAUGUGCAGACCACCUGUGCGUUUCUCCCUCAGUUCGUGCUAUCAGAUUACCUAUAUUAUUUCUAGUUUUUAUUUAAUUUUUGACUCUUUUAACAUAUUACUCAAAUGUUAGAAACCUAUCAAAUUUGAAUCCUAGAAAACUGCAGGGCGUCUCAUCGUUUGGUACUGCUGAUCCUUCAAUAUUCCCAUUUAAUCGUCUCUUUCUUUUCUUGUUAUUUUGAUAAAUAAUUAUAGUAAUUGACUUAAUGAUUUAUCAGAGUUAAAUUGUAAGUACCAAUCAUAACCUGAAUAAUAACUGUUAACUAAAAAUUAGGUUUUAUUUUUGAACAAAUCAACAUUAUUAAAAUUAUUAAAAAAAAAUAACACUAUCAUUUUAUAAAUAAUGUACUCUUUUUUUAAUAAAUUUGAGCUAGUUUAAAGUUUUGGAACUUGAAUCUUGAACUAUUUCAUUUUUAAAAAGAACUUUCAAAUCACCAAUUUUUUUUUUAUUAUUAUCUUAAGGCUUCGCUUUGUUGCUGUAACCAAUCCUUUCUUUUAUUUGCUAAUCUUUUAAUUUCUUCAUAACUAGCUAGAGAUAGUAGUUUCUUCAUAUUCCCCAGAUUUUUUUUCCUCGGCGCCAUUCCAAAAAACUUAGUUUUUCCUAUUUCCAUCGUACUAUCCUAGUCAGAUUUUCAUUCCGAAAGAGUGUUAGCGUUGUAAAUCGGAGCAAAGGGUCUGGUAGAAAAGUUGUUCAUAGAAAAAAUAAAAAAAACAUCCUGAUUUGAAAGGCCGGAAUAUUUACGAUUUUCGUCGAAAUUUUAUCUUAAAACUAUUAAAAAAAAAAAAAAUGAUUACGUUACGCUCAAUUAAAUUUUUUUCUACCAGUAAGAACAACUCAUAAUGAGCCUCCUGUUAAAUUUAUAUGUAUUUCUGUUUGGUCGAAUUAAAAUAAUAUGUGAAAAAACCCACAAACAUAAAAUGCUUAUAAAUAGCUCAUAAAACGCCAAAAUUGUGUGUAAUUUUUGCCGCGCCUAUUAAAGGCCAAUAUAAGAUUUCCGUCUAAAUUUCAAGUUUCUACGAAAAAUUUUAACCGAAUUACUAAACAAGAAAAAGAGAAAAUAAUUGAAAAUAAUGAACCCAUCGUUAUUAUAUUUCUUUUGCGGCUCUUUCUAUACGUUUAUUUCCGGCAUUAUUGUUCGACUAUUAAGGAAACUACAGUAAAACGACCGGUUAUUGUUAACCAACUAGAUUAAAAAUGUCGCGCAAACGGUCUCUUGUCGUUUUUUUUUUUUUUUUGAUCGGAGCAAGAUUUUCCGGUAAUUGGUCGGACAAAAAAAAAAAAAAAAAAUCGAAAAAAAAAACAACAAGAAAAUACGCGCAUCACAGUGAAAACCAAUAGAUCCUUCGCUCGGCUCCUUUGCCGAAACUAGCGGAUUUUCGCCCAUUGUUGUCGUGCGUUUUUCCGGCAUUAACGUUUUAUGUAUACCGCUGCUAUUAUAUUGUACUGUACACAGUAAACUUUCGGACGCAAGAUGAAAAGAAAAAAAAAAAUAGAUUGAGUGUUUUGUAUAGGUAGAUCUAUAUAUAUAUUUAUGUGUAUGUAUAUAAUAUAAAGACGUCGUCGUGUUUCGGACGCAUUCUUUUGACAAAAAAAAAAAAUAAAAAAAAUAAAAAAAAAAAAUAAUAAUAAUAAAAACGUCGUCCACUUUAUUCGGCGGCGGCGCCCCCGUUGUUUAUUCACUCGGCGGGUAAAACGCGUACAUAAUAUAUACGUACGCGCGCACACCUAUAACGGCGCACAAAAGGAAUUCGCCGGUUCGCCGCAAAAACGCUCUUUCAAUUACCGCCGGCCCAUUGGUUCGCAUUGUAUAAAUGCCGGGGUUUUUCCGCGCAUUCAAAAGGCUUAAUUCCGCCACGUUUUCGGCGGUUUAUCGGCAGUGCGACACAACUGUCGCCGCCGCCGCAGCCGCAAUAAUAACGGAACAAAAGCCCGAGCACAGCUCACAGCCGCCGUCCGCAGGCGGUCCCGGCGGCGGCGGCGGCGGCGGCUGUGAUUUAAAAACGGGAACUUAUAAAUACCGUCGCGUCGACGGCGCGGGGUUUUUGACUAAUGGGCCCGCCGCCCGGGGGCCAAAAGAGACAAAUGGUUUCGAACGUCGACAGGUGUAAUUUGUCACAAUCCACUCCCGGCGGUUUCUCUCCGCGGCCCCGUCUACUACUUAUAUACUAAUGCACGGUCGCGGCGGCGGCGGCGGCGGCCAGGACGUCUUGGCCGCGUCAAUCGUUUUCGUUGUCCGCCGCGUUCGCGUCGCGUCUCCGGUGCCGCGCGCAAUACGUUUGAAUCCCGCGUAACGCUAUUAAUAUAAUAUUACUAGGCCUCUCGGGGACAACUCCGGAUCUAGAAAAACAUUUUAUACAAAUAAGCUUUGAAAAACAAUCGAAUAUGCACUAGGUUGUUUUUUUUUUUUUUUUUUUUUAAUUUAGCUUUAAUUACUAUGCAAAAUUAAGCAUGUAGAAUUUGGUAUUCGUUUGUUAUCGCUCCGUCAGUACACCGUAUAAAAUUUAUCUUCCCGCCACUCUUUUUUGUAAUCGCCCCGCCGUAUAGUUGUAUUAGUGUGAUGUUAUUGUUCCUGCAAUAAGUUGUCGUGUUUAGCUCCUGAUAGAUGAUCUAUUUCAAGAAAUAUUUUAGGAAACCUCUACAUUUUGUAUCAUAAGUAGGUUAAGUAUCAUAUCAUUAGUACGUUGCUGGCUUCCGUUAUUAAAUUACCUACUUCGCUCAAAUCGAUACGAAAAAUUAAAUUUAAUACGAAAAAAUGAAUUUUAGUGAACUAAUCACGGUUGUUUUCAACAAUGAUAGUGGAAUGAAAUUUUUACAAAAAGAUAAUGCAAUUAAAGUUAGUGGAAUGUGUGAAGAUAUAAUGUUUAUUAAAGGAUCGCGAUGGCGGUGUCAGAAAAAGAAUUAAUAAUUGGCCGACUAGUUCUAGACAACCAAUACACGCAAUUGUCCAUUUCAUAUGCUACUGGGCCCGAGAAAUGUCUUCAGUAACAUUUUGUAAACGUGAACUUAAAAUUGGGCAAAAUGAUGUGGUCGAUUGGAGUAAUUAUCUACGUGAGGUAUGUGUAUGGAAGUUAGAAAAUAAUCAAAAUAAACAAAUUGUUUGUCCCGGUCUUUUUGUCAAAAUGGAUGAAAGUUUAUUUGUUUGGAUUUUUGGAGGAAUUCAUCGGGAAACCAAAGCGUGUUUUAUAAUUUGUGUAUCAGAUCGAUCGGAGAAAACAUUGUUACCUAUAAUACAAAAAAAUAUAAGAUCAGACUCAAUAAUUAUGUCAGAUUGUUGGAAAGCUUACAAUAAUUUGCAGCAAGCGGGUUUCCAACGUAAUACUGUUAAUCACACCUAUAAUUUUGUUGAUCUGGACACAGGGGCACACAUCUGAAACAUCGAGAGUUUGUGGGAAUAUUGCUCAAUGGGGAAAUUAAAAGCGUCGUGAAACUAAUAGAAAUUUUAUGGAAUCGUAUUUGGCAGAAUUUAUGUGGAGAUCAUGUGGAACAAGAUGCAUUUAAAACUAUCUUAAAAGAUAUUUCUGAGUUCUGGUCUCCAUUGUAGUAUUUUUUUUUCUAUUAUAAUUAUAAUACAUUUUUUUAAUUCAAGUUUUAUACAUAAAAUAAUAUUAAAUAUUGAAAUAUUUUUUUUUUUAAAUUUAUAAAUACAAUAUAUUUUUUCUAUUGUUCUUGUUUAUUUUAUUAUAUAUAUUUUGUUUGUGGCGGGGCGAUAACAUACAAGUACCUAGAAUUUAAUCGUAAUUAAAUGUGUGCAUUUGAAAAAAAAUUUAAAAACUCAUUUUAUAUUAUUUUUAGACGAAACUAGUCAAUUUUCUUGGUAAUAAGAAACUGUUUAAUUUAAACUUUUAUUAAACUUCAAAUUAUUAAUAUUUUUCUUUGUUGUUGGAUAAAAAUUAAAACGAAAUUUCUAUUGUCUAUCAUAGUGUUUUGUUCUAAUCGUUUAUCGUUUUCUGAUAUCCACUUCAAUUGGUUUUUGUAUCGUUUAACAUUAUAAUAAUAGCGUUUUAAAAACGAUUUUAAGUCCUGAUUUGAACAAUCGAAAUCGAAAAACGCGUUUAUAAUAAGAUAAGAUACGAGUGCAGUAUGUCCCUUUAUAGCACUUAAAAUUUACAUACUGCUAAAAUAUGCUCUAAACAUCAAAAACUGUAAAAUAUACAUUUAAUAAUACAUAUAUUUGUCAAAUUAUAUUAUAAUAUAUGACAAAUAAAAUUUAGGAUUUAGAUUCCUUACAUGACGAGCAGUAUUUAUGUUCGGCUCUGUUUUAGAUUCUGAUUGGAACGAGGAAUGUAUUGGUUUUAUAAUGAUGUUUGUUUUUUUUUCUUUUUUUUUUUUUAUGUAAACACUUUUUCUACCAGAAAGCAUUCUCCGAAUAUCAAGCACCUUUCCUGAAAGAAAAUUUUUUCUGAGUAGUUCUUUAGAGAGGUCAUUUUUUGAAAUUGACAUUAAUAUUCGAGAUAGUGAGGAAAACCUCGAUCUUUAGAUUAAAAAGAUUGAAAAAUUAAAAAUAAGGUUGUCAUUGGCAACCGUUUUUAUUUAUUUUUAGUUAUUAAGUUUUUAUUAUAUUAAUCUUUUUUAAACAAUUAUUGUUGUCAUGAAAACGCAUAUUAUUGAAAUCAUUUUACCAUAGUAUCAUAUAUUGUAUUGUUGAGAAAGCAACAUUAUCAACUGAAAUCGGCUCAGAAUCGUUUUUCGUUAGGAAUGGUUUAUCGUUGCUUGCAGAUAUACAUUAAAUUUCUGUCUGUAGCUUACCUUCCCAACUUUCCACCUACAACAGUAGCUGCAGUAACGUGCGAAAUAUGCCUGUCUUUUUUUGUUUUUUUUUUUUUAAUUUUUCAAACACAAUAUGUAUAACAUGCUAAAAGUUUCUAACUUUUAUUAUUAUUGUACAUUAAUAGCGUUUUCGAUUUGAAGAUUAUUUUCAUCAGAGCUCGCACACCUAAUUCUACACGAUUUUUGCAGAUUAGAAAAUGUGAUUUAUCGGGGUUUACCGCGGACAAUAUUACGGAAUUUUACAAAAAAAAAAAAAAAUAAAAUAAUAACAAUAAUAAAAACGUUGAAACCUCAAUACUCGGUUACGGAGUGGUUAUUUGAUAAUAAAUACACGGAUAGGCUACAUAUAAACACAAUACGGGUGUCGGUUUUCCGUGGAAGAGAGACAGAAUAUUAUCAAUUGUUUUCUCUCCCUUGCUAUUAAUGCUUGGGGUGCCGUAUUUAUUAAUUGUAUUAUUAUAUUACCACUUGAUGGGCGCCAAUAUUGCCUAUUCAUAUAUUUAUUAUCUAUGGUGGAUCGUUGCAUUGUGCGAAGCGUGGGCAGUGUCGAAACCGAUGGUGGACAAAAGAGAAAUAAAGGUUUUCGAAACUCGGCGCCGACGACGGUUAUUGAAGAUCUCUUGAACAGAAAUGGUGUCAAAUGGGGGAAGUGUACCGUUGUAUUACGAUAAACUAUAGUACACCGUGGAAGACAAUCGCGGAAAGAAGAAACGAAUGGAUAGGACAUUACAUAUAAGGAACAAUACACGUGGAUAACCACAAUAAUGGAAGGGAAAAUCAAAAGGAAACCGGGGAAAGGCAUUCAUUUAUGAGACAAAUUAUGUUGGAUAUAUAUAUAUAUAUAUAAGAAAAGGAUUCUACAAAGGAAGUCGCUACGGGUAAAUAAUUAAUAGUGAACGGGAACGUUGUUCCACCAUUCUACAGACGGAUAAAAAAAUACGGAAAAGUAAAAAUACCUAUCUAUUGUUUUGAUUUGUUUUUAUUUUCAUCUACCUGUAUUGCAGAAAGAUCAAUUUUAAGAAAAAGUGUAUAGAGACAAUUUAUUUAGGAGACAAUCAAAAGAUCCAAAAAAGUAAAAUAUGACUAAAAAUAAACAUUUUCGUUUGUUCGUAAAACUUUGAGCUUUCAUCCCGAAAUGUUCGAAAUUAACGUUCGCUCUAUUAAUCAAGAUCCAGUCGAGCUCAAAUUUUACAAACAAUAUUUUUAUGCGUUUUCCGGCUGGCACUACUAAAAAAUUACCAAAACAUUUUAUUUUCAUAUAAAUAACGGGUACCUUACUGUAUAUUAUUAGGUACUAACAGGUUACCGGGCGCAUAAUUCCAAAGCCUCUAAGUCCCAGCGCUAUAUCCGAGAACGUUGCUAGAAUUGACUGACCUGAGGACAUUCACUAUUUGAAAUAGUUAUUUUAUUAUUAAACAAUCACGCGGUUAUGGUGUUCUGGCGAAUUCGUACAGCAUAUGAUGUAUGAAUUUCGUAUGUUUAUGUUCGAACCCGACAGUUGAAAAAAAAAAAUAUGCGGUUUUUCUCUGUUACCUAACCGAAAUGGUUUUGCAUAACAAAUCCGGAUUUAUUUUCGAUUGAAAUUCCGAAGCGAAACGAGUGAAUGAAAGUGGCCAAAGGCCACAAGACUAAGCAAUUUUACUACUAUUAUAAUUAUAAUACUGAUAUGCUACCGCCAGAUAUAAGACGAGAAGAAACACACAAGAAAUAAUGGAAUAAAUAUCUAGGGAACUCUUGUCUUCCAAUCUAAUUAAAUAUAUUAACUUCUUUCUGUACAUGAUACUACAAUCGAAAAACCUGACAUGGAACGGGAUAGCAAAUGCCAAUAUAUCCCAAGUAACAAAUAAAUUGACUGAAAAAUGAAAGGAAAAGGUAUUAAAAAAUAAUUACGAAUAGUCAUGAAAACAAUGGAUACUUCUGAAUAGAUCUCGACUGAGUCAAGAACUUUGUUCGUACCUCAUGAGUAAAUGAGAAUUAACGAAGUUAAGAAGCUGUGAAAUUCGAUGGCACAUAUCAUGGAGUUGCGCCCUUUGUAUUCAUUCAGAGUGGGAAUCGCUUAAUCUUCAUAAUUUUGUAGAUGAAGCUACAGAAUGGGUUGGUUAAGCUACCACUGAGUUGAUAAUUCCAUAUAAUUUAUACAAAAAUAAAUAAAUAAACCACUGUAUUUAUUCGUUAAUAAUAAUAUUGUUAACGUUGUCGUUAUUAUUACUUAAUUUGAUCCGUUUUGUUUUGUUUUAUUUAUACUUAGUUGUAUGAUAUCGUUAUGCAUAAUAAGCUAUAAGUUAAUACGCUUAAUACGCUUAAUACGCUUAAUACGGCUUAAUACGCUUAAUAAAAACACGGUAUUUUAUAUCGGCCAAUCAGAAAUCGCAUUUUAAAACUCUCCGCCCGCAGGAAAUUUAUCAGUCGAAUUUGUUUAGUUAUUUAAUUUCCCCCUCCCUUAACACUAGGAAGGGGCAUAGUAAAGUCAAACACCAAAAUGAGUACUUAAAAUAAAAUUGUAUUUGAAAUUUUAAAGUCCGGGGGAACGGAUACCCCGUCUUGCCACCUCUCUCCUCAGGGUGCCCAUGAAACCACCUAAUAAGAGGAGCAGUGCAUUUGGACACGGCGUUGAGCGUCUGGAGGGGGGCGGCGAUAUUAUAAUGGUUUCGCAGAUACGUAUACCGGGCGUUUUACGAAUAAUCAGUGUCCGGCUAUUAAAAUAGGUAAUAGCAUUACAAUUUAGUCCAAUAGAAAUACCGGAGAUUCGACCGACUCUGCGCGCGUUAAGCUUCGGCCGUCGGCUUUAUACACGGAUAUAAUAACGCGGGCUCCGGUUAUUUACUGCGGGCCACAUAAUAUUAUUAUGAAUUAAUGGCGUUAUGAAUUAAAAUAGGCACCAGGUAAAUAAAACGCGCCGCGGCUUGUAUAAUUAUUAAAUACACAUUAGUAUAUACAGUGGCAUUACGCCCUGUUUCGGGUUUAAAUCCGCAUUAAGUAGGUACGUUUUAUAAAUGGCGGCGUGCAGACAUUAAUGCGGAGAAUAUUACAACUUUCGCGUGACGAAAAAAAACGAAAAAUACGAGUGUGGAAGGGUGGGGGAGAUUAGGCGUGGUCGGGUUAACUAAAAAGUUAACUCUCUCUCUCUCUCUCUCUCUCUUGCUUUCCCUUACUGGCACGCCGUACGAUAAUCCAAUCGUGUUACUCGUACGAUACGAUUACGCGACUAUGAUAUAAAAUAACUUUAUACUUGUACGACAAAAGUUUCGACAGCACGAAAAAAGAUUCCCAUAGCGCUACAGGGCGGUCCAAUUUUAUUCAUUAUUGAACAUACCGUAUGGAAAAUUAUUCAGUGUGAAAUUUGCGUGUCGCGAGUCACGUGGUUCACAACAAAUGUAUUUUAGCCGAAGCAGUGUGAUUUUUCUUUGGACGUUGAACCGCCAGCCGUGUAUACGGAUUUUGUAUAAAUUACCGUUGUCUCAAUAUUUGCUCGGUGUGAAGUCUAGGCAACAUAAAAAUGCAUAGGUAUAUAGAUUAUAAAUAUUAUUAGAAAGAAAAUCGCAUCUAGUCGUCUAUCUAAUUUAACAGGAGGUUCAUUGUUAAGUCAUACUUAUAGUGGUAAAAAAAAAAAAAUUGACUGUGAGUUGUAUUUUGUUGUUUUUUUUUUAUAAGAGUUUUCGUUCCUAAUCAUUUUUCGUUAGCAAUGGUUUAUCUUUGUUUACAGAUAUACAUUAAAUUCCCUUCUAUAUGCCACCUACACAACUUCUCACCUACAUCAGUGGCCCGACCAUCGUGCGAAGUAUGUCCGUCUUUUUUUUUUUUUACUAUUACUGAUUUGUAUUCCAAAAGAAUUAAGCAAAAUAUUCUACUAAUAUUCCCGGAGAUAAAAACGUAUCUCGCAUUUUCGCGGUGUCGAAGAAAAUUGUCUGAUAACGUUUCAACGAAAUUAUUAUAGUUUUUUUUUUUUUGUUCUCGGUGUUUACAAUAAUAUUAAAGCUGCCGUAAUCCAUAGUAGUAGUCAACAUAAUUUUAUAUUGUUUUUUUAAAGGCGUUUUCAUACUCAGUCAAAGCCGACAAAAUGAGGUAUCUAUUUUCAAGAAAAAGUUUUCCGCUUCCGACGAACCGUUAAUUCACAAGCGUGCAUAUAGUGUUGACACGCUGUUAUUUUUCGGGAUGGAUUUGCGUUUGAUGACGGUAAGAACGCAAUGCUAUUAGCGAAUCGUGUGAAUCCGUUAGUUUUUAAACAUUUGCUUUUUAAAAUGCGCAUUAUUCGCGCGGGCCAAUGAGCUUAAAGUAGUUAUUUCCCAUAUUAUUAUUUUGACGGGUUGUUACCUGUUAAUAUUUUCGUGAACAAGAGUUAUUUGUUUAAAACGAUCAAAUGUAUAGAAAAAAAAAAAAAUAUAUAUAUAUAACUCUGCCGCAGUAGUAUAGAGAUGUUCUUCCGAAACACACACAUACACACACAUAUGUAUACACAGAGUGAUUCUUUUAUCAUUGAACAUUCAUUAUUUCGUAAAGUAUUGAUUUGAAAUAAAAAAAUUGUUUUGACACUUCAAAAAACGAGCACUUCUAAAAUGUACAAUUUCCAUUAUUAUUUAUCGUCCUUAUUUUUGGGUUUGAAUAAUGCUCCACUAUCCAUUCCCUACCUAAAAUUAAAAGUGGAAUAUCUCGUAAAUGGAUUGACGGAAAUCAAAAAUACCAACGCCAACAUUUAUUUCAAUUAAUACUCUAUCCAUCUAUGGAACUUAAAAUGUAAGUUACCAUUUGAAAAUAAACUGAACACAGUCGUUUCUCUCCCAAAAAUAAAGAUGAAAAAAAACAAUGGAAACGUAACAUUUGAGAUCUGCUUGUUUCUUGAAUUGUCAAAACCAUUUUUUUCAUAGUUUGAAAAAAUCUACUAAUAUAAUGAGUGUUAUAUAUGAAUAAAUGAAAUAAUGGGUGUUCAAAUAAAAGAAUCACUCUGUAUAUAUAGGUAAUAUUUCACGUCAGAAAUAUAAUAUUUUUCGUAUUCCAGUGCGAAAACUUUUCCCCGCAGUGACUUUGGAAGUGUACGCUGUGCGUUUUCCGGUCAACGCACGACGGAUUCUUGUGCUCAUAGAAACAUAAUUUUAUUCCGUUACCGUGGUAAUAAACAACUGUGGUCUGUGAGAAUUCGAAGAACUAUAAUAUGAAACACACGUCUAUAUGUUUUAUAUACUCAUGCUUACAAAGUUUCCGCACGAAAGCGAAAUCGUACGCCUUAACUCGGCGUAUUGCAGGACAGUUUUAAAAAAACUCGUGUCGUCGAUUUUUGAUUUUUUUCGUUUUGAAUUUAAAAUUAGUAUUUGUUUUUCUCACGAAAAAUGAUUCUGACUAGAGUAUUAGCAUUAGUCGUAUUUUCUACUUGUUGUUUCCCUGUAUAAAAAAUCUUCAAGAAAAAUCAAAUCAAAAUUACUCUCUCGCUAACUAGAUACACAAUUCUACAAGAAAUUUCUUAUAAAGAUUUGAUUGGAGCUGGAUUUCUGGUAGAAAAAUUGUUAACAAAAAAAAAAAGAGCUGAUACUGGGGAUGGGAGCGUCCACUGUUAUAGGUGAGAAGUUCUGGAGGUAGGAUACAUAAGGUUGUUUCAUUUAUAUCUGUAAUCAACGAUAAACCGUUGCUUGACGAAAGACGGUUCCGAGCGCAGUUCGGUGAUACAUAAUUUGAAAUGUCUUUUUUGUUUUGCGAUUUUCGUUUAAAUUUGAUUUCAAAACGCUAAUUAAAAAAAAAAAGCCAUCCGAUGGUUUUAGCAUUUCUAGGUAAGUCCAGUAUAAGUAUUAUUACUAAGUUUCAAGUCUCUACGUGUAUUUAUAACCGAAUUACAGCAAUUACUCGCAAAAAUUAAAAUUUCUUAUUGCGAUGAUACUGUAAGAAAGUAAAUAAAAAAAGCAACAAAAAAGGUGUUUUGUGAUAUUUCGAUAAAAUCAUUUUUUCCAGUAAAAAAAGUUGUCCGUGUUUUUAUAAAGUAAUAAAAUUGUGAAAUUGUGCGUUUUCUUACGUUUUUUCUCACUUAAGUGGUUUUAUUUUAUAAUUGGCGUCGAAAAUAAAAAAAAAAUGAUUUUUUUAAAGUACAAUCUAGACAACUUAAGCUUUUAUAAAAGGUGCUAUACUUUUACAUCGGAGCAAGUUUACUAGGAAAAACCGCGUCCACACAGACUAGUAGAAAAAAAAAAAAAUAAACAGCAUUGUAAAAUCAACAGCUCCCUCGCUACGCUCGAAAUCUAAAAAAUAAUAACACGCCAUAAUAAUACCUAUAGUAAGCCCAAUGCAUCUCGCUAAUAAUCUCGCUUCGCUUAGAAUCUAAAAUAAACGUUUAACGAAUAUUUACCGUAUGCAAAUCGCGAAAAUCGGGAGCUUAAAUUAUUAAUAUAACGGUGGGAUUAUGUAAUUAUUAUUAUAUACAUAUAUAUUGUAUAAUUUUGGCGAAAUUAUGAUUUCGCAUGCGAAGCCGACACCUCAAGUAUGGCUUAACAAUAAUUAUUAUUCCAAAUAGCGGUAAUCGUCCGUUGAAAACGAUUAUUCAGUUCAAUAUUACAAUUCACAAUAUUAAGUAAUACAGGGUGUUUCAUUAAGCAUGUUCACCCCAUUUUUACCGUUAAAUUUUGCAUGUUAUGUUCGAAUUCUGAUUUUUGAAAUGUUUAAGUGUAAUCGAAGCCGAUGUUUUUGAACACUUGAAUUUUUUACAAAAUUUAAGAAAAUAUCAACUUUGGUCGUUCAAAUGAGAACCUACACGUUUUAAUGCACAUUGUAAAUCAGAUGGUUUUUCUGAACGUUUUAACGUAUUGUAAUCGAAAUUUAAAUGAAAAGUAUCCGAGCUAUUCUACUUUAAAAUACUAAUGAUAAAAGUCUAGAAAACAUCAUUUGUGUGGGUGGCACAGCUGGUAGAGUUUUCAUAGUGCUCUACUUCUCUGCCCUAAACUAAAAAGUGAAAUAUCUCGUCGACGGAAACCAAAAAUGUUGACACCGAAAUGUACUCAAACUAAUACGCCAUUUAUUUAUGAAAUUUUUAACACAUGUUCUCAUUUGAAAGACCAAAGUUGAUAUUGCCACAGGACACACCUUAUAUAUGUUCGAAAAUAUCAGCUUAAAUGCACUUGAAAAUUCAAAAAUCAAAAUUUUAAUGUAAGCAAAAUAUACAUUAAUUAUAUACAGUGUGUCCGACGAAGACAUGAUCGUUGCGAUAUCUUGGAAAGUAUUAACGUUUUGCUGGAUUUUAGGAACAGAUAACUCUAAAACGUUAUGUUAUAGCUAUUGUUUUUUGUCAACCUUAUUUUUGGGUGUGAACCGACUGGCUACUUUUGAUUUUCCGUCCGGAAACCGACGCUAAAAAUCCCACAAACGCACUGAGUAUUAGUUUGAACAUAUUUUGGUGUUGACAUUUUUGAUUUCCGUCCACUCGUUGACGAUAUAUUCCACUUUUAAGUGAUAAAGCAUCAUUUAGGUGGCAGUAACGCGCACGGCGUUUGAAUAGUUUUCCCCUACGCAAACUUAAAAGUGACACAUCUUGUCAACGGAUUGACGGAAAUCAAACAUUUCGACACCAAAAGGCGUCAAAACUAAAUACACUAAAUUAAUAAUCCUAUUAUUUAGGGUAUUUUUAACUUGAAAAUAUUUGAAAUUUUAAACCAAUUGGUACUUUAUUUAUUUAUGGAAUUUUUGAUAUACGCUAACAUUUUAAAUCCAAAUAGAAGGUAGUUGAUUUCCGCCCGCAAAAAUAAGGGCGAUAAAAAUUAAUAGUAACGUACAAUUUUAGAGUUUCUUUAAGACAAAAAAAAAAAAUACGAAACGAGUUAAUAUUUUCCACGAUAUUGCAACGAUCAUAAUGUUCUGGUGUACACCCAAACGUUCGUUGACUUUUAUUGAUACGCGGCUAUAAUAUUCAAAAUAUUCGUGUCUAAAAUAAAUUAUUGUCGAUCGUUACAUACUACCACGUGUUUUAUCUCCUCUGUCUAACCGCGGGUAUACGUUUGGUUUUCGAUUUGCCGUCGAGGUUUCGAGGCACAAAUUAUUUCUGUUUGAACACGGUUCCGGUCAAUGGCCGUCAUUAUGUAUAUGGUCCGACGAUAAAUUGAUAACGUCGAAAAACAUUGUGCGACAAUUGAUAGUGGGCGUCGAUUUAUAGCCAGUGGAAAUAUUAUAUCAUAGCGAUGACCCAUUUUUUAAACAGCAAUUAAAAAUACGAAUAAAAAUGCUGUAAAAUAAAAUAUUAAUAUUAUAUCGGUGAACAGUGAUACUUUUAUAUAGGGGAUCGGUGACGGUGAUAUAAUAUAUUUUAGUCGAUUCAAACCUAUAAACUAUAAACUAGAGGAAACCGCGGAAAUCGUGUCCGAAGAAUUUCAAUUUCGAAAAUCAUGAUUUGUGGGGUUCUUCGCUAGAAUAAGCCAGAAAUAUAAAUUUAAUUAUUUUACUGGAAAUUCGUAAUAAAAAAUCAAUUGUAUUUUGGAAAAUGUUCAUUGAGUAUUUUGUCUUUUUUUUUUUUAUAAAAAAUAGAUUUAAAAUGAAAAUCACAGUAAAGAACGCAAAUAAUCAUAAUCCGUUAUCAAAAUUCAAAUCAGCCAGCCACCAGUUUUUUUUUUUUGACAUUAGGUCCAAAUAUAAUUUUUUUUUCUAAUGAAAUAUAUAUAUUAGCAUAUUCACAGCGUAAACUAUUGUAUUUUGAUGUUUCGUGUUACAAAACUAUUCAUUAAUCGUUAGAACAUCUCAAAGACAAUAGCGUGAUAGUUUUAUUUUAUACUUUACAUACUUAAUCAAAACUAGUUUUACUAAAAAAGAAAUUAUUUAAUAUGGCUUAUUAUUAUACAUAAUCAGAGUCUUUUACUUUGUUUACAGGCGUACACAUGAAAUGUUUAUAAACAUGUAGUUUAUGUGAUGUGUGGGAGAAAACCAUUUCGAAAUUCUUAACGACCCCGCGGGUUUCUUGAAAGUUUACCAGUGCCCCCUCUCCACUUUGGAGUAGUUUUCGUUGUUUUAACUAUAGGAUACAAUAUUAAGAUGUAUACCAUAAAGAAUACUGUAUUCGUAUACGUUUUAUUCAAAAUAUAAUUACGAUUUAUACAUAGACAGAAAAAAAAAAAUCUACAAUAAAUAUAAAACCGAAAUAAAGAAUGUUAUUUACAAUAUUACACUGUUGUAUAAUUUAUACGCGGACAAAUAACUAAACCUAGACGCAGCGGUACGACCAGCGGCGAAGGGGUUAAUCAUUUAGAACCAUUUUUUGAUUUAUCGUUGCAUUCAGACGUAAGUACAAUAUAAACUAAAAAUACCAUAUGUUCCAAUUUUCUCUCUUACCCACAACAGUGACCUGCCCACGGUACGAAAUAAGUCCGGCUAUUGUGCGUGUUUGUCUGUUCUUCUUCAUCGCCUUCGCCUUCGUCCCAGCUAUUUGGAAUCGGCCACCUUCGUUCUAAACUUAUGUUUGAUCUGCAACAUAAUUCUCACGUAUGGGUACCGGCCGUCCUCGUAUCGUUCUCAAUCGCUUCCAACCAUCUCUCUUUAGGCCUUCCUUUUCUCCUAACGUUGAUUUUCAUUAUAAUUCUUACAUUGUUUCAGAUUCCACUCUCCUCGCGAUAGGCCCAAACCAUCUUUGCAGUCUAUUUUUCUCUCAUUAUGUCAACUGUCGAAGCCGCAACACACGAGCUCUUAUAUGUACUCGUUCCUAAUCUUAUCCACUCUCGUCACUCCGCCCAUUCACCCAUAAGCUUUCUCGUCCGCUGUUUUAAUUUCUGUCUACCGUGCGACACUCCGAACCAUAGUCGGUCUCGUCACACUCUCGGUAGAUCUAUCUUCAAGUCUGCCAUUGGAAUACUUUUGUCGCGUAAAACACCCGGCGCUUCUUUCUACUUGGGCCGACCACACGCGCUGUUUUUCGUUUCAUUUAAUGGUUUUUAUUAAACACUACUGUCCGCCUUACAAUUCGCCCCUGACCCCGCGGUCGCGCCACUACUUACAUACAUACGUUUCAAUAACUUCAAUGUUAUCACGUGCGUGCGUAAUAGGAACCCGACCGUCAAAUAUUCAGAUAGAUAUUUACCGCGUACUUACGCGACAGAAAAACCGCUUGGUCGCGGAGACUUGAAAUUUUAAACUAGGGCUGGUGGUAUGUUCAGUAUACCAAAAAAAUACCGACAGUCGGAAUUAUAUAAAAUCUACCGGUAUGGAUAUCGCCAACGGCAGUACCGUAUUUUCGGUAUUCGUGGUAAUUACCGUAUCGUCGGUACUGCGAUAAUUACCGUACAAUCGGUCACUUGUUAUCAGGCAACAGGUAAUCUGAUUUAUCGAUCCUAAUAUCUUGAUUAAAAUAGAUCGAAGAAAUUAUUAUGAGUUUUACAAAUGUUUUCUUUUUCUCAUAGAAAACACCUAUUCGACGGGAAAUCAGUAAAUUUACUCGAAUUUGUCAGAAAAUAACUUAAGAUGCGGAUUUUCUAUUCGGCGGUACAUUAUAGUGAAAUUUUUUUUUUUUUUUAGACUUUUAGUUAUUAUACGAGAAAAGUGCAUAAAACGAUUGUAAAUGUUUAAUGAAUCGAGCUCCACUCAGAAUCGGUUGGUUUUCUUGCGAUGAUUUAUCGCCGCUUACACCGCGCUAACAGUAAUCAAACCGCUUCCACGAUUCCCGAAACAGUGAACCGCCCGCGGUGUGCGGAGUUUACUUUUUAUUUUUUUAAAAUUUUAAUCGCACCCGAAUGCUCGUACCGAACAACCGGUAAAUACCGACGAUGCCUAAUAUUCGGUGCAUCGUUUAUGCUAACCGGUCAACUGUAAAAACACCGGAUACCGGUAGUGAAAAUUUCAAAUACCGCCAGCCCUACUUCGGAAACCGUCACCGCCCUCCACGCGGAAUAGGACGACGGCGUUUCGUCCAUAACGCGAUACGGACAUGCGUAUCCGUAUGCGAUAACAAAACAAAAUUGCCGACUGCUACGUCGAACUAAUGAAGUUAUUGUCGAAGCACCCGUACGCCCAUAUGUUCCGAUAACAGUGGAAUCUGUCUGCCCGCCGUUGUCACCGCGGUUGUCGUUUAUAUCACGCGGAUAUAACACAGUAAUCCCAGCACGAAAGCGGACUGAAAACGCUCGCUAGCUUCGGAUUAACGACGGCGGAUCGAAAAUGCGCGUCUUAUCGUCCGGUCAGCAAUAAUGGUUUUUCGUAUUAUUGUAAUGUCCACGUAAAACUGUAAAACGGCGGUCACGAAAAUGCCGAUUCCGGUUUUUACGGCUACACGGCUACGACGGGCGAUAUAAUUGGUCUUCGUCGUUCGGAAAGGGUUUCGUCCACGGAUUUUUCCACCCCGUCAGUGCCGUCGUCGUUGUUGUCGCACGCGAAAUCGGACGACAACCAGUCGCUACUGGCCGGAUACCCGAACAUCGCUUGAUACGGCGACAUACCCGUAGCUGAGCGUGACAAAAAAAAAAAAAACCGUAUUUUUAUAACGUUUAAAAUAUAGACUUAUAUAGUAAAUAUAGAAUUUACAAGGUAUGUGAGAACCGUAAAAAAUCAAAAACACAAUAGUUCCCUGCGAAGUUACCGAGUGAUUUCGGUUUUUUUUUUUAAAUGACGAACCUUCCCCCUUUUUUUCGGGUUGCCAAUUUUAGCAGUUAAACCUUUUACGUCGAUGGUUUAUGUCUAAUAGGAAGAAAAUUAGAUUUUUUAUUGUAAAUUAAGAAAAAACAUAAAAAUACAAUUUUACCAUUGCAUUGAUAACACAAUUACAUUAAUAAUUAUCGUUGCAUAUACUAUCAAAUAAAGCCGGUACUCCCCAAACACUUUGUUUAAAUAUCCGCCCAUCAAGAAAAUGCUGAAUACGCCCCCAUUAACGACGGUGAAACCGAGGGGAACAUGGGGAUAUAUUCCCUCUAUUACCCCUCAAUUUUCAUAAAUAUUUUCAACAACAUAUUAUAUUGCAUUACACCUUUAUGGUUAUAGAAAAAAAAUUACGUAAAUGAUAAUGCAGUUCUUAAAAAAUAUCCUUAUCGUCCCCCCCACCACCCAAUUCGAUAACAAAUUUGACCGCCACUGGCUCCUGCCACUGUUAACUAUAUAGUUAACGAACGAAACCCUGGGUUACUUGUAUAGUGCCUAUUUGUAUUGUCUAUUAAAAUGCUUACUUCUGUUGAUUAUAAUCGCCGGGGCAAAUUAACCGAAUUUACGAGACGUGCCAAAAUUGUUUGUUUUGUAUUCGAUUAUAGUUUUUGAUAUUUUAACGAAACGAAUCGUUUAAAUAACAUCACCAGCUGACCCGGCAACGCUAGAUGAUAGUUCGAACAAAAGUAAUAAUAAUAGUAACCCACGAAUAAACAGAAAUUAAUCAUUAAAAACGAUUCGAUUUCUGACACUUUCGGCACCCGAAAACACCUAUUUCGCCCGUUUAGGAGUUGAAUUUUCAAAAAUCCCUUCUUAGCGGACGCCCGCGUCACAACAGCUGUCUUUAUACGCCAAAUUUCAGCCCGAUCCGUCCGACGGUUCGGGCCGCGCGACGACGAAUCAAUGAGCCAGUCGGGACACGUUAUUUUAUAUACACACACACACACAUAAAUAAUACAAAUCACAAAUAUCAAAGGUGUUGCCUUGUGAAAGCAUGCAUUUUGUAUGCAACAGGAAUUAUAGUACGCGGUUGUAUUUGCGUUGACACGGCGUUUCACUGUGCAAAUAUAUCUUUGAUUUAAUUUUCGAAGGGGGGGGCUGCUAAAAAUCGAUACGCGUACCGGUGGCCUUUUUUUCUACUGACGCGGUUCCGGUCUAACGGAUUUGCCAAUAAAAUACUGAUAAUCGAACGGUCACCCUCCACCCCCCCUCCGCCGGAUUACUGAACUUUGUCGGUUAUUGGCGACCGGAGUGCGUCCCGACUCGGUACAGUUAUUUAAUCGUAUUCACAUUUACCGCGACGAGUGUCGUGACAUACCGGGAUGUACGAGACAGUUUUUCUGGAGCUGCAGGAACUUUAACGCCAACGGCCAGUUGUCGCAGUUCCUGCGCAGCGUCCAGGCGUCCAGCAUUUUCCGUAUGCGCCCGUGGGCGUCCUCCGCCCGGCUCCGGUCGUAUUCCGGUUCGGCGUACACGAUUCCCGGUCGGUCGCACGUGGACCGGAUGUGCUCGAUGACCAGGUCUACGUACUCGCGUCCGCAGUGCGACUCCAGGGCGGCGGGCAUGCCGAACGUCGCGUAGAUGUCCAACAGGCUGCAGGCGAUUUCUUCGGGCCGUACCGACUUGAGGGGCACCAGAUGGACGAAAUUGGUGGCGCGGUCCCGGUGGUCCAUGACGAACCGGAAACCGUCGUACACGCGGGCCUGCAUAUCGAUCAGCUCGAUGCGGGCCCGAGAGCCGCAGAACGGAGGCCGCGGCGGCGGCGGCGGCGGGCGCUUCCUUUGCGCGUCGUCGCUGACCGCCGCCGCCGCCGCCGCCGCCGGUUUCCGGCGUCCGCGGCAGCGCGCGCACAGUUUCAGGUACGUCAUCACCGACUCCUUGGUCACGUUACAGUAAUUGGUCUUGAGCUCGGCGAUCAUGCGGUUCCGGCCGCCAUGGCCGAUGUCGCAGUGCGCCUUGUGCAGCACGUCGAACAGCUCGUCGUUGGUGACGUAGAACAGCGGGCGCUGUCGGUCGUCGGCCGCGCCGCGCGGCCUGACCAACCGUUCGCGGCCGUCCACGGUCAACACGUCGUACCUGCGGACCAGCCGGUAGUCGGACGUCGACUUUUUCUGGCCGGCCGUGCGCAGCGCGAUUUUCGACCGUUUCAGCUGCUGCAACCGGCACCGGUACUCGUCCGCGCUCAGAAACGCCUUGUUGUCGUCGCGCUUCUGGCUGAGUAUGGCCGCCACGGUCUCGUCGAAUUUCGUUCGCAUUUCCGCCGGGUCCGCCGCGCCGUGUUCGUGCAUAACAAUGUAUUCGGGAAAACAACGACGUCGAUAUUACCUAGCGGCUGCUGCGGCGCGAGUCGAGUUAACGCCGUUGCUGUUGUUGUUGUUGUUGUUGUGGUCGUCGUCGUAUACUACAGUACGCCUAAUACGCGGGUCGUUAUCGCACCGAGCGGAGUAUUUUUUUCGUGUUUUUUUCGUCGCGUAAAAAACGAAUAACAAUACACUCGUAACGCGUGCCGGCCGCCGACCGUGCGGUGUGUGCUCGCGCGCGUCGUACGCGCGCAAUACGCGUAAUAACAGACGCGUCGAACGGUCGCGCCGGAGAACGACUGCGCGACGGGCCCCGCGCCACCGCUCGCCACUCGUAAACGUUGUUAUCGACUGGCACCCGAGCGUUAUCGGGUCGAUACGAACCGCGGCAGUCGGUCGACCGGCCGAUAAUGACGACAAACAAUAAUAAUCACCGACACGGUUAUUGCGUACGCGCGUCACGAUAACAAUACCUGCACGCAGUACCGCGGCUCGCGGCGCAGAAACGCCGGCAUGCCCGCCUGGCCGCGGAUACCGGCCGGCGCUUACGUGACCGUUACGGCGGGCGCGCGCGUUAGACGGGAACAGCGGCGAUAAUAAGUGCGGCCGGACAGCGGCGGGGUGGGGGUUGGGGUGGGGGGGGGGGGGGGGGGUGCCGUGUGACGAAAACGGCGGGAGCCGAACAUGUAUUUUUACGUACUGUUAUUCGCGCCGCGCGCGCGGGAACAUGCGGCACGCCUACCGGAUUCGUUUGGACGCCGAACGCGCGGCACGCGUCGCGGCGGUCAACGUUCACGCGAUGGUUUCCUUAUCGUCGCGGCUUGACGACAACAGCGUGAUGACGUCGUACUUGGCGACGGGCGCGGCCGCCUACCGAACGGCGCGAACAGUGUGCUAUUGUCCUACACGCGUGGCCGAACAGUUUUUGCAUUCCGAGUGGAGCGAGGAACAUACCGGUUUUACAACGGCGUUUGUUUUUUUAUUUUCAUAUUUUUAUCCCUGAAUAACUUUUCUACCAGAAAUUUCGCUCAGAUUCCCAACGAUAGCACUUUUUCUGAAAUCGUUUAAUGCGUAUUAUGCGCAAUUAUUCUACCGUAAUGUGACGCAUACGUCGUUGACAAAUCAACGCUAUCAACCGAACUCCGCUCAGAAUCGUUUUUACGUUGGCAACGGUGAAUCGUUGCUCGCGUCUAAUUUUGACCACGUCCGUUUAUAUCCUGCCUUCCCGACAUUCCACCGACAACAGUGGCUGCACCCAACGGGCCAUCCCCGUUGUCUAAGGACAGCUUUUUCACUUUCUAGUAGUUUCUCUACUGCCGGACAGUCCGGACUGUCUAGUGCACAAGAACGCGCUGGGCGCCUUGCCACCCACACGGUGAUAAGGUACGCGACCCGCUAAUAAAACUCCAGAUUCGUCACUGUUAUGCGUCCUUACCGACGCAUAACAGUGACGAAUAAUGACUGAACAUAUUUCGUUUUUCGUAGUCAACGGCUGUCGAACAGUUCGAUAUAGCGGCUGUUUGGUAAUGCCUAGUCGAACUUCGGUGUAUAUUUCGGCCUAGCUCAGUGAUAAAUCAACACUCUUAAGUAGGACACUUCUUACUGUUCAUAAUUUUCCCGAUCGGUUUCUUUAACGGUGUCAAAAUGAAGUUUGGUUAAAGCGUUGCAUUUUUGAAGCUCGCUGAAGAAAAACGGGACGGGAGAAAUUGUGUUUUAUGCAAUGGCGUAUCCAGGGGGCUGAGGGCGCUACAGCCUCUCCCGAAAUGUCAGAAAAUCUUAAAUUGUUAUUUCAAAUAUAGUGUGAUAUAAUGUGAUAAAGUAAAAUUAUACGUGAUAAUAUGAAAGGUACGGAGAAAAAUCCAGAAAAGUCGUUGUUUUUACAAAAUGGCCAUACCGGUAUCGAACAACCUGAACUGAUGUACUGUACAUUUUGUACGAUCGAACCGGCGAAAAUCCGGAUUAGUCGAAUGUGAUGAGUGCUAGAAGUGUAGGCCCGCAGGAAAACACGGACUAACUGAUAGCUCGACAAAUGUUGGGUAUAGUCGCGGUUAAUAAUAUAAUACGACGUUAUUAAUUAUGUUGUGGUUACUAUAUUACAAAAAAAAGUCUUACGUUUUGAAAUUAAAAUCAUGUUAUUUUCAAAUUAAAAAAAAACAAAAAAAAAAACGACCUUUUUGGUUCUUUUCUUUGUACUCUUCAUAUGUAACUGAUCAGACCCCCUACCCCUCAAUAAAACGCCCGGCCACGGUACUGGCAAACAGGUAUUACAGAACAAUCGAAAUACACCACAGUACGAUAAAACACGUGCGAUGAAAUGAUAACGAAUGAUAACAGUCCCGAGUGAAAAAUGUAUACAUUGACUGCCGCUUUAAUCCCGUUUAAGAUGAUAUUACGUUCCGCACAUUUCGGUGUCGUGUCGCGUUCUAUAUGCAGUGACGUGCACGGGUGAGAGAGGGGUUGGCGGGAGAGUUUAGAUCGUUCACUCUACUGGCAUACAAAUACAAUAAAUAUAAUAAUUGUUUGUUUGGUAAUUCAAUCGGUAAACUCACAUAUUUCAUGCAAGUAGUGUCCGCAGGGCGAAUGAAAGGUUAUCGAGAAUUUCAAAAGUUGAGAUAAAAAAAAAAAAAAAACCUAUUAUACGAUUAGCGAUAAUUUCGAUAAGACGCGAGAGCCGGUGAACGAUAGAGUCAAGUUCUGACUAAAUUUGUACAUGUAUAAUUUCUUUCUUUUUUUUUUUUUUUUAUCUGUACUUACGCGUUAAACACAAACGCGGUCGACGAGUUUUCUACACGGAGAGCAAUACUAAAAAAUCAACAAAACUGAGUUUCUGACGUAAAUAUAUUUUAUGUAUUUAGUACGUUGUCGUAAAAAAUUGAUAAAAGAAAUCGAAAUCAAAUAUGGACGAGUAUUCUUCAUCCACAUUCGUUAUAAUUCGAAUUUUUCGUUCAAGUAAUAAUUCGGAAAAUACGACAAAUCCGUGUGUAUAGUUACCGUGGCUUUUUGAAAAACUUUCUUUUGUUUUUUCACCUAGUUGUUUAGUUUCUAUGAAUAUUUUAACGAAAAGUCGAUCGCAUAUAUUAUUUAUUUAAAGCGUAUAACAACCAAAAAACAAUAUUAUCUAUAAACGGGUAAUAAACCCUAUAGAGAUGGGUGACCCCCAGAAAUGCGAUACUCUGAACACCGUUCUCGACGCUAAUAUUCGAUUUACGAUACAUUUGUUUGAAAAUAAAAAAUAAAAACCAGAUACAAAUUUAAUAUGAAUUUAUUAAUCGUCAACGGUGGACGUGAGCUGGUGAAAAGUUAGAGUUUAGUUAGUUUGUUUAAACUUUACAAUUUGAUAAAAUAAAAAAAUAUAAAUAUUUAUAUUUAAGUGUAUAGUUGUUUAAAACAAAUUAUUUUGUAUGAAUCAAUUUUGUAGUGUUAGGGAAUUAAAUUUAAUAUGUUAGAGCCAUUAUAAUGGGAGUACACUUUUAAACUCCGCUAUCAUUUUUGCUUUUUCAAAUGUUUGCGAAUGCUUUUUUCACAGAUUUGUUGAUGUUUCAGAGCGUCUUUUUGUGGAUCAUAGGAGAAUAGAAAUCCGGUCUCUAAUUAUGAUAGCAUAUUAAAAUACACUAUUCGGAAUUUAGACGUGAAAUAGCAUUGUGAAAUAAUAAUAAUAAAAAAAAAAUCAAUCUAAUUUAUCAAGUCGAACCCAUUUCCGUUCACGACGCGGUUAUCGCUUUUGAUUUCGGCACAAUGCGAAAUCACAAAGAAAGCGAUACCGAAAAUCACCUCGAUCGUUCGAUACCGUUUGGCGUCUCGAAGGCAUCCCCAGGUAUCGAUUCACGCGUCCCAAUAAAUAAUGAAAAUACGUUUUCGGUUUUCGCAUAAACAGCCCAAAAGUCGCGUGCGGCCAACAAGUUUUAUUCUGCUGACGUUGCUGUAUUAAUUUACUUAACUUUUCUUUUUUUUUUUUGCUGUUUUUUAGACAUGGCCGUAUAACGCACACAAUCACGGCGUGAAAGAGUGUUCGUCACCGGAAGACGAUUACAGAUACGACUGCGGUUACAGUUCGACGCUGGAACAAAAAUCGUAUUCGGCUUACGACUGUCCUUACUACACCGCGUCGUCGAUUAAUUCGUGAAUUUGUAUUGAGCGUACACGCCUGUUUUGUAUUUACAAGGAAAAAAUGUCAAGUAAAUUAUAAUUUUUCGGAUGAUAUUUGUGUAAUGUUUGCCGGUCGAUACCUACAUAAUGGUAAUAAUAUAAUAGUUUUAUGUUCCGCGACUCGUAAAUUUAAUAAUCUAAAAUAUUUACGUUUAAAAUUGUAUACGUAUUAAUUAUUUUAAUUAUACCGAUGUGAUCCGCAACGAAA